AUGGGCAGUCCAGAACUGAAAUACCAGACAGGCCCCCAUGCAAUAAGAGGUACCGCAACAACAGAUAAUCAGUUACCCAAAAUUGUAAUCCAAUAUGUCAUGUACCCUACCAAAAUACAGGUGUGGAACUGCACUCAUUCCCAGGUGAUAUGUAUCCUGGUGCAAAAAUAGAAAAUGGUCCAGGCACUCCAAGAUUCAAAAAAGGUAAAUUUAUUGAACCCACUGCCACUCACAACGUUUCGACCUACACGGUCUUUGACAAGCUUGACACAGACCGUGUAGGUCAAAACUUUGUGAGUGGCAGUGGGUUCACUAAAUUUACCUUUUAAGUAGCUUGGAGUGCCUGGACCAUUUUCUACAUACCCUACCUACCAAUGAGAUGCAUUUAAUCCUUUAUAAGACUACUGUAGUCCAAGAGAUACACAUAGCUCUCUAUGUUCUGGUGACUUGGACCACAAGUCAAGAAGACUAUGAGCAAACUUCUAUCUCCUACUUCUCUUCUUUUACAAUGCCUCCACCUUACUGUAUUUUCUAAUUAGUUUAACUUGCAAUUUGCAAGGCUAAUCUAGAUGUAAUGCUGCUGUUAAUUGCAAAUCUAGUCUCUUCUUCACUUGACUAUUUAAUUGGCCAUCUCUUGACUCAACACCACCAAGAUAUGUUCUAAAUACACUGUGGCAAGACUAUGGAGCGAAUCUGAAGAACCUGCUUUAAGAGAAAAGCAAACUGACUUUCUUCGUCUUUCCUGUAUAAUUGUUUACUACUAUAUAGUCUUAUCUUACAUAUUGAUUUUGGCUGGGAUUCCACUUCAUCAGUAAGUGCUAUGUUGCUCUCCCUAUUAGUUUUAAGGGUUUUUUCAGUCCUAAAUUUAAGGGUAAUUAAAAAAACUAAAAUAGAUGCUUCAAUAUUUUAUAGAAAUUUUAUUUAUUUAGGCAAGGUGCACAAGUAAAAUCCCAAACCAUAAUAUGGGUCUACUUUCUAAAACUGGAAACAUUUCAUGGUUUCCAAGGACCGUUAUCCCGUUGUUGCCCUACAAGAAUAACCCCAAAUGUGACUUUCUUGUUGCUGUAAUUUGAUGAACGUGCCAGGUUCCCAUACACUUAACUGUAUUAACAUUUUUGUAUUUGAGUGAGCCACACAAGACCUUGUUUACAUUCUUUACAGUUCUGGACAGUUUAACAUCAUUUAACAUUUCUUCUAAGGCGUAUUCCCAGUGCAAAAUAUAGGAAUGUCAAAGGGUGAACUUUAUGCCUUUCUUUUCUGUUUCAUUGACUGUUAUAUUCCAUUAUUGACAGUAUUUAUUUACAGUUAUAGUUCAACAAGUGAAUAUUUUGUGUUCUCUUUUUGUCUGUAGAUUAUAGUUCUGGUUCCAAGGUUACCAAGCAAAAUAUAAAAGAAAAAGAGAUAGUUAUUCAAGCGGGUCAGCCAAUCAAUAUCACAUGCAGGUAAGAAUGUGCUUGUAAUUUUAAAGGCAUAUAUAGAUAUACAUUUAUAUGUUAUUUCAAUGGCAUAAUCUCACUUGCUGCCGGGACAAAACCUUAAAAAUAUAUUACAAAAACUAAUGUAAAAGUGACAUAAUAAUGAAUCGGGUUUUAAAGAAACUGUUUCUGAAUGGUUUGACUUUUUACCGGCCACCUAAAAUGGUUUCAUCCCUUACAUUGGUGGGUGGGGAAGGAGGGGCAUCAGGGCACUUCAGGCACAUUAAACAUUACAGUGUUCUCCAGUGGUUAAGGUGUUUGGAGUGUUCCUUUAAUAGAAAAUAAUACCAUCUCAGCAUUAUGGACAUGUUGAUUACUUUUUCUAUCUCAAGAUUCAUGAUAUCUCCAGCAGACAAUCGUCCCUGUUACCUUGCUCACUCCGUACUGGGAGGACUGUUGUAGUGCAUGUUUAGAGACACUUGCUCUGAAUUUGUGAUGAAUUACAGGACAUCUCAGCCCAAACACAAAUACUUCAGCAGCACCCGACAUAUAGACAGCUCUGGCUGGUCUCCCGGGCAGCCUAUCAUCCUGGUGCUGAAUGUAUCAUAGACAUGUUCCCUCCAAGCUUCACUCCAUCAUCCCUUCCUCUCUGAUUUCAGACCUACCACACUUGCCAGGUUCUCUCCAGAAAUCAAGAACCUCAUUAUUUUACAAACACGUCUGCUUAAUGUAUCCUCUCUCUUUCUCUCGCUCUCUCUGAUAGAGACAGGUUUCCUAAUUUACAUGUCUUUGUUUUACAGUGGUGAUAGAAACAUUUUCUGGAAAGUUCCUACCAGCUUAGAACAUAAUAAGAGGCUGCGCAUAGCACCAGCUGUUUGUGAUGGAGAUCUAAAGACAAAUUGUCACAGAGAACUAAUUGUGAACCAGUCUAAUAUAAGUGACACUGGAUUGUAUAUCUGCAAAUCAUCUUCUUCAACUGAAAAAAGGAGCAGAAUUAUUACUUCGGUCUACAUAUUUAUUACAGGUAAAUAUGAGUUCUCUAUUUUUCAAUAACUACAGAAAACAGUGUUAUUAGAAAUGACAUAUCAUGUUUGACUGAUGGCUGAUGUUAUGAUACAAUGUUCAAUAUAAUAUUCUCUCUACUACUGUUUAAACCCAUUUGCUGUUUUCAUUUGUUCAUAUUAAUUCCAAAAACUCCACCACCACCACCAUAGUUGGCAAUUGUCUCAAUAAGAAUUUAUGUUCUAGCCGGUUAUCUUGACCAAUUUACAUUAUCUGGAUGCAUUACAAAUUCACUUAGUCAAAUAGAGGCAGGAGGAAUAGUUGCACCAGUUAUCAACCUUAUAAUGUUGGGCAUACGACAAGCAUCCCAACUCCUACCAUAUGAUAUCUAAUAUUAAAAAAAUGAAUGAAACAAAAGUAUUCUUGGAUAACAGGAAUUAAACUUGGCAGUGUGAGUCUAGCCAGACCCUAGGAUCAUUGUAAUAUAUGUGAGACCCAACUUCCCUGUCAUGCACAUAUUACUAUAUAUUUUGUCUACUCUGUGAUAUGAAAUUAAUCAAUCAUGCACCUUUUUGUUAUAGAGCAAAUAUAAUUUCAUGCAAAGGAUUUGAUUCUCAAAGGGUGUUUCUCUUUUUUUUCGUUUGCUUGCUGAAAAGACUAUUGUUUUCUUGUUUGCUUGUUGAAAGGACAGCUAAAUUACUGUCCUUGGCUGAACUUUUGUACCCCUAGUUUAUCCAUUGGCACUCUUUACUUCCCCUGGGCCAGACAUCCCCAGUGGUCGUCUCUGUGGAAAUAAAGAUAUAGGGGAGGUUACCUCUGAGAAGUGUUGUCCAAUGUGUUUGUUUUCUCCAAGUUCUUGUGCAGCAUGAGAUGAACUCAAGGUAACUGUGGAGUCAAAUGCUACUGGAAAGGACCAUGGGCUGUAGAGAGUUUGGCAAUUUUAGUGGAAGGAUGCCGGUUCUUCAGAUCUUUGCUCGGAGGCGUCAGUGAUUCCUGCUCUAAUAAUUUAUUCUAAGUUUUCCUGGCUCUACUUGUAUUAAUAAAUGUUAUGGAGACAGAAAUUUGGUUUAGAUGAUCGUAAAUAGUAAUCAACUUAAUUAAGUGAAACAAAAGUUCUCUUUGGCUGAGAAAUGCUAAACUUAGAAAUCAAAAAGUUUAAUAAACAAAAAAUAAACAUGUGGAUGUAAUACUACGACAUUCUGAAUUGAACGUUCCUAUCCUGACAUCUCAAGAUACAUUUUUGUGUGUGGAGGUCAUAGAAGUUUCUCACCAGCACUAAAUGAUAAUACAUGGAAGCAUAGCUUUUCAUGACCAAUACCGAAAGCCAAAAUUAAUUAUUGGGUCAACUACUAAGAGUUCAGGUGUACUUUUAUUUUUUUAAUUCAUGACUUAUCCUUGAAGUUCCUACUGCCAGAUUGGUGAAAAUUGUUUUGUAGCUUAUAACUUCUCAUAAACAUUAUGGAUUUAGAAGACUAGUGUACCCAACCAACGUAAUUAUUUCUUUGCUAAUGAAUUAGUAUUUUGUUAAUAAAUGUGUAAAACCCAGGGCUUGGUUCUGUUAGCAGAUUAAUGGUUUACUCUACUUACUGAAUGGUAAUUUUCCUUCAAACAUCAAUUGAGAAAAUGCUAUUAAUUAAACAGAGUAAACCCUUACUCUCUGCUAAAAGAAUUUAGCCUUCUAUAUCCAAAUGGAACAUGGCACUGUUGUAGAGACUGCAGAAUCGUAGAGCGCCACUGAUGUUAAACAAUACGGGAAUUUAAUGCAGGCAUAGAUUCAAAAUAGAGACUAGAUUGUGACAACAGCAAGAAAGGUCAUUGUUUAUUAAGGGGUUACAAAUAAUUUCUUAUACAACUCUUUGUUACCUAUCAUUGAGUUAUUCACUCAGGCGUGUUUAAGUAUAUUGACUUGGCAACUGGGGUGGUCACAGGAGACUGGUAGACCUGGCAGCAGAGAGUGGUGACAUUGUGUCUGCAAGCAGAACUUUGAGUGUUCUUCCUCCGCCUUAAAGUGUUAUCUUGGCAGAAUUCAGGAAAUAACUGUUAUGCACUUGUAAUGAUUGGAUAUUGUUUUUUAAUUUUAUAACAUGAAUGAAUCGUCCUUGGGGAUCUAUAGUAAUUAGUUCUCCAGAUGAUUACAAGUAGAGAGCUAGCAACCCUUUCAUGCAUUUACCACCCCUGAAAAACAACCCUCUUGUUUUUCUCCAACAUAUUCUAAAGUCCCUCUAUUUCCUAUAAUUACAAAAGGAGAGGAAAUUAUAGCUGAAACAUGUUACUUAACAUAUAAUUUGAUUGCCAAUAUGAAAACAACAAUCUCUUGCUCGAUGCAAUAAACAAAGGUCAGAUUUCCAAUAAGUAUGUAAUAGUACGUAUUAUUUUUAACAAUACAAUAAGAUUUUUCCAAUCUACUGAAAAUAAACCUAUUUUAUAUUCUAGCCUGUUCGGGGCCUCCAAGCCUGCUCAUAGGUAGCAAACAGAGGCUGGUUCCGUGUAUCAUUUUUCUUCUGUACCAUUUUACGUUGUUGCCUAAUUUGAGAGUCGAUAAAAAAUAGCACAAUUUAUUAAAAAAGCACAAAAUAUUAAAAAACUUAAAAGACAAUUUAAAAACAAGUCCAACUGCUUAUUUGUCAUAUGACUUCUGGGCAAAAAAAGUCUAUAAGGUUACAGAAAUAUAUUUAUAAAAAUGGAUCAGAUACAUUUUUGAUCAUUUUUGACAAUUUGGUACUUUGGUUUUCUAGGAAUCCAUCCCCUUUCUUUUGUAUUAGAAAAUCUCUGUUCUGGUCAAAAACUGUCAUCAGACAUUUUCUGUGCACCACCAUGCAGCAUCUUAAAAACGUGUUAUUUUUUGUUGGUUAUCUUAACACUAUAAUACUCAUCAAAAUAAAAAUCCUGAUCGACUGCCGUCAAGACUUGCUCUAUCUAAGCUUGUAUUUUUUAUUAUCAAUAACUGUCACUGAGCGUUUGGAAAAGACGUUGCAAUCUGAAGAUGGCCACCCCACAUUGAAUAGAUUUUAAUUUUAUAUUUGGUUAACUAUAUAUACAUUUAUUGUAGGCACAGUUUAAUCAAUAUAAUAUCAGAAUUUAAGGAUUAUCGUAUCAUUUUUUCACAGUGCCACUUUACACGGAAUGUUUUUGUACGUGCACUAUAACCUAUGCAAUGAGUAUAUGAUGCUUCAAGUGCCCCUUUAAACUUUUAGAAUAUUGCAAGUACAAAAAGCUUAAAAGCAGGUAAUUCAUUUUUAUUUUGAAAGAAAAUCCCUGAAUACUUUGGCUUGAUGAAGAGACACCAAUCUAGGACAACUGAUAACCCAAAUCUCACUUUUAAAACGAUACUUAACAUACAGGUUACAUAAUUAUUAUUAUGUUAUUAUUUAUAUAGUGCCAACAUAUUCCGCAGCGCUUUACAGUGGGUGGACGAACAGACAUGUAGUUGUAACAAGACAAGUUGGACACACAGGAACAGAGGGGUUGAGGGCCCUGCUCAAUGAGCUUACAUGCUAGAGGGAAUGGGGUAAAGAGUACUUUGUGAUAAUGUGAUAAUGUGAACUAGUCUACAUAAUACCAUAAACAGAGAACAUAGCACCUUUCUCCCAGUGAGACUCAAAGAACUUUUCAGCUCUUGGAAUUAACCAAAUUGGCAGGUUAAUUAAUUAAAGCUCAGUUAAUGUAAUAUAAUACGUUAGCAUCCUUGUAAUAUGUAUGUGUAUAUUAUAUAUACUGGAAUGUAUUUAUUUUUUUAAACACUUUCCUGCAAUGUGUGCUAGCAUGUUGUACAAUAUAAUUACAAUUGCUGUGUUAAGAAUGCAGCGUCUUUCCCCAAAAAUGUGCUGAGUAUUAACUUAUAGUGAUUUAUAAAGAAGAGGGAAGUGGUGGUUGGUGAGUCAUAGACUGGACUGAGAGAGAGUAGCGGAAGGCAGUGUUGGAGAAACAAUGAAAUAUCUCCGUGACCGGAAAGGUGACAGCUUGACUUUAGAAGAGGAUCUCCUAGUAUUGCAAACAGAUAUUCUUACAUGUACAGUAAUGACUCAUAGUUGUGUAUGGGGGUUGCCACUUUAUGAAUGACUGCCAAGUAACAGCUCAAAGUGAAUUAAUUUUUAUAGUUUAAACAAGAGAGCAUUAUUUUUAAAGAUACAGUAUUGGAAAAAAAUUCAAAAAAAUUAUAGUCUCCUUGUAAUUUCAAAACGAGAUACAGCAAACUAUUUUUAUUAGUAAAAAACAAAGAAAAACAAGUUACCUGCGCUCUCUCCAAAGAGUCUAAAAACUAUUUUUAUUGCUCCUAUAAUUACAAUGUAACUUAUUAUGACAAAGUCCCCUUAAUUAGUUGUUCUCAUGUGCUUUUUUUUUUUUUUUAUACAAUAAAGAAGAUGAACUCUUCUAAUAGUGUAAAUGUCGGGUGCAGCUGCAAACUCUCUCCUGUGUGAGUUGAAAAACUCCUGGAUCCACGUGGUUGAGGAAUAAAUUCAUAUUAAAGGACCACUCUAGGCACCCAGACCACUUCAGCUUAAUGAAGUGGUCUGGGUGCCAGGUCCAGCUAGGCUCAACCCAUUGUUUCAUAAUUAUAGCAGUUUCAGAGAAACUGCUAUAAUUAUGAAUGGGUUAAGCCUUCCUCCUAAUCCUCUAGUGGCUGUCUCAUUGACAGCCACUAGAGGCGCUUGCGUGCUUCUCACUGUGAAAAUCACAGUGAGAGCACGCCAGCGUCCAUAGGAAAGCAUUGUAAAUGCUUUCCUAUGAGACCGGCUGAAUGCGCGCGCAGCUCUUGCCGCGCGUGCGCAUUCAGCCAGCGGGGCGUAACGGAGGCGGAGAGGAGGCAGAGAGCUCUCCGCCCAGCGCUGGAAAAAGGUAAGUUUUUACCCCUUUCCCCCUUCCAGAGCCGGGCGGGAGGGGGUCCCUGAGGGUGGGGGCACCCUCAGGGCACUAUAGUGCCAGGAAAACGAGUAUGUUUUCCUGGCACUAUAGUGGUCCUUUAACGUUCGUUCAGUGUUUCUAUUUGAAAUAUGUUUAGGUUUCAAAUGACCUUCCCUGCUUCAGUGUAGGGAGUGGAGCAGGGAAGACCAUGGAGACUAACUGUUGGCCUUCAAACACUCUCUGAUACAAGGUGUGUGUAUAUGGCUGAUGGAUCUUGUCAUAUACUAAAGGGAUGAUGGUUUUCUCAUUUUUUACAUAUACUUAAUUUUAAAAAUUAUUAUUUCCUUUCAAAACUUGAUAAAAGUAUUAUAAUAGAAUGAGUUUUGUGGUGAAAGUUGUCCUUUAAUAUUAGACAUUUAUCAGUAAAUAUGUUUCAGAAUUAUUUCCAUUUUUAACAGUAAAAUUGUUGUCAGGUGUGAAAUAAUUAGCAUAUAUUGUGCGAAAGUUAUUCUGAAUUUUUUUUAUCUUUUACAGAGAAAAACAGUCCUUUUGUAGAGAUGAAUAAUGCUUUGCCGAGCGCAGUCGAAGUCAUUGAUGGAAAGCCAUUUGUUAUCCCAUGUCGGACUACAUCUCCAAAUAUUACUGUCACUUUACGUAAGGUCAGUAAAAUAUGUGGCACAUAAUCUAAUCAAUAUUAACCCUUCAGGAUCCACAACUUUAGUGUUUAGAGUUUUGCCUUGCUCUGGUUCUGAAAGGCUUUAACCCCUUAAGGACCAAACUUCUGGAAUAAAAGGGAAUCAUGACAUGUCACACAUGUCGUGUCUUUAAGGGGUUAACCCCCACCCCCAAAAAAUGGUUUAAUUUCUGGAAACAUAGCACAGUCUGAAAAAUUAUUCAAGCUGUGUCUUCAGUUUCACCUAUUUUGACCUAUAAUGUUAAAUUUGUUUUGAAUCCUAAACAAUUUAAAUGAUUUAAAAAAUAAAAAUAAAAGGUAGACUCAUUGCAUAUUCCAACUUGUACGGAUGAGAAAUGUGUUUUCAACCCCUAGACCCUUAGGUGUUAGUAGGACUAAGGGAUGCCCAAGGUAUGCCCAAACCUCCGACCUCUGAGCAUUUAAUAAGACCCUCUAACCGUUUGGGUGUAAUGGGCCAAAAGGUACAGCUCACCUAAGGAACCUAUAUUCCUGGUCUCUCACUAAGCAGAUCAUUUACACUUAAAAAACUGUUGUGUUUUGUUUGGUUUAUUUUUACAACCCCAAACCUUCAACAUGAGUUAGUAAAUAAACAUCUUUAAGUGAUCUACUCCAUUCAGAAACUGGAUGGUAAAACCCGUUGAUAAGUAUUUCAUAUGUAUUUUAAAGAAAACGAACAUCAGAAUAAAAAAACAAAACAAAAAACAAUUAACACAUUUUUUUUUUUUACUCAAAGAUUCAAUGAUUUUCUGAAGUAUUAAAGUGUACCUAACAUAAUUGCUGUUUUACAUAAUAUUCUAUAAUAUCAGACAAUAUAGACAAUAACAAAAACUGAAUUUUCACAGUGCUAAAAAAAAUUAAAAUUCAAUUUAAACGUAUGCACUUACAGAGUUAUUCAAUAAAGUGAGAAUUCAAAGUGAAUUAAAAGUAAAUUUCAAAUUGAAGUCCAAAGUAGCUGAAAGCAUAGUUUACUUAGAGAAUGGUUCCACUUUGGCUAUUAACACCUUAUAUUUAUAUUUCACCUUGAAUUCUCCCGUAGUGAAUAACCCUUUUUGUGUUUCACAUGGCCUACCUUACUUUAGGUAGGUCACCUGCCAAGACCUGUCUGUCUGUCUAGUUUUGUUAUAUUUGGAUAAAAGUUGCUCUUAAAUUGGAUUUUUUUUCCCCCUUAGUAAUUCUAGUCAUUGAUCACUGAUUGUGGUUGAUCGACUGUAAUGUAUGUAAAUACAUGUAUUGAAUAUAUAACUCUGUAAAGCAUAGUUUGUCUUUUGGUGCAUCUUCUUCUCAUAGUCCUCCACAACCUCAGUCUGUUCUAAUUUAGCAAUCAUAGCAGAGCUCUGAGAUAAUUUGUAUUAAACAAUGUUCCUUCCUUCACAGCAGUGUGUGGACAAUGUUCAAGAUUUAUGAAUCCAUCUUCAUUCACAUGUACAAUCUGCAUUGUCUCCAUAACUUUGAAGUGAGAAGUUAAUGUUCUUGUUCCUUAAACAGUGAACUUUGCAGCUGGCAGAAGAGGCCAAAGUCAUUAGGUCUAUAUCCUGUGUUGACAGGAUUUCAGAAGGUUUUCGUUUUAGAGUCACGUUUUUCAUGUCCUAAUCAACUCAUCUGCGCAUUCCAAUAACUUUGUGCAUCCCUCCAGUGUUUUUUAGAUUAUGUAACCCUUGUACGUUAGUGGUGCUAGUUCCAAUUUAGUUUAUACUUGAAAACAUUCACAGCAUUGAGAGAUUUAAUAUAGUUCAGCUUGCUAGAUACUACUAGUGACCUUUUAGACUUUUCCAAAGAUCUUCCAGGUAUUCCCGUCACAGACAUUUUGUAGAAUUCAACAAGUUUUUUCCAAAUCAUUUUUUGGGGAAAAUUAUUCUUAGUACUUAUCAUCCCCCAAUCCUUUCUUGAAAGUAUUCAAUGUUUUACCAAAUAGAAGUUUAAACCAGACAUCUUCUCUCCUAAGGAAUUUAUGCUCAAGACUUUGUGAAAGUGGGUUUUUCAAAAAUAUGUCUUAGAAUUUUUAUGUAAUUUGUUUUUUUCUGAAUACUACUGGACAUCACAAUGCACCUUUAUUUCUGUAAGGAGGAUAAUGAACAGACUAUAUUGAGAUGUUGAAAUCUUUCCAUAUAUUAAGUGUAUUUGCAUUUCGGGAUCUUAUCUUCUGAUACUCUAUGUAUUGUAUGGCAUGUUUUAAUGGGUCUGAAAAUGUUAUCCAUCUAUGUGGGGUUCCUUCUUGGGAAUUUGAAACGUUUGAAGAGAAGGAUGCAUCUGUAGUCCAUUCUGCUUUUAUCUGGUACAAAUAUCUUUGCUUUUAGCCAAAGCAGCUUUAAAUUACACUUACAACAACAACAUUUUUCAUAAGCUCAGGAGGUCAAUUUGAUGUGAGUCUUGCAGCAUCCAUGAUCAGCACGUUUUCCAUAUAUUUAGCUACCAGAAGGAGUUGUCUAUUUAUUGACCUUUCUAGAUUUUAUGAUGCUCCAGGUUAUUUAAUCUAAUGGACAUGAAACUCCUAUCCUACUGUAGCUAUACUUAUUGUACCCCUUCAAUAAUUUCUGUAUAUCUAGUCUACUGCGAUAUACUUCUACUGUGCCUUCCAUCUAUUUUAAUAUAGGUUAGAAUGUCCUAAAUACAAUACAUCUGUGAAUAAAUUAUAAAUGCACACAAACAUACAUUAUUUUAUUUAUAAUUUUUUUAUAGUGUUAUUUGUUUUAUAUUUAUAAUAAUGAUUCUUAGGCAGACACUUGAACAAUGACUCUGUGCUGUUUUCUAUGCAGUUUUUAUAGUUUAGAACUCAUUAGCUUUAUUGCAAACUCUUUGAGAGCCCAGCAGAGAAUUGAAGGUUCUAUUUUUAACUAGAUGAAAGGUCUAUAAAUAUAAUUUUGUUGUUUCUUUCUUGGACACACAAGCAAUUGUUUGCAUUGACAUCUUAACGAUCGUAAAGAUUAGACGCUGAGAAGAAAGCCGUUUCCAAUUAAGUCAAUGUAUAUAUUUAUACGAUGGGAAGUUUUUUUCAGGAUUUUCUACAUUUAGAUAGUCAUGUCUGCUGCACCCCUGCUGAGAUUUAGACCUAAUGCAGGAUUUAACCAAAAAUAAAGCAAAUCACUUUACGCUAUUUCGUAACACAGUUCAUCAAGAGACUAGAGUGCGUGACCUUACAAUUUCCUCUUGUACUAAAGAAUAUCGGGGGCGCUUUUUUUGUGUGGCUAUCUAUAGAUCUUAUGCAUUAAGAUGUUUUGGUAAAAAUAUAGAUUUGUAAAAAAAAUGCAUCAAAUAAGAAUCAACCGGAGGCAUCUAAACUGUAAUAUACGCAAACAAAAUUGCUUAUAAAUCCAAAGAUCAAAAGCUAAUUCUAUUAUUUUACUGCUGUGAAAAACUUUUAUCAAACUACAUUUAGGUUAGGAAAUCUGAGCUGUGCCGUGCGGUAGCAACAUUGCCAGUAAAUGUAUAAAUCAAAAGCUAAUGUUUCUUUUCUAAUGCAAAAUUAUACACAAACAUAACCUUCAUAAUACAUUACCCACAAUGGCCUCUGUUUCCUUUUGUCUAGCUUUACCAAAGGGGUGGAUAUUUAAUCCACAUUAUGGUUUGAUCUCUGCCUAUGUUACUGUUUAUUAUUGUUAUUAAAAUAUUUAUUGCUUUAUUUCUACAGGUUUGUUUUUUUUGUAUUAUAGUUUUAAUUAACCCACUCAUUUAUAUGUCACAUUAUGUUUUACCCUCCUGUUCACACUAUUUGGAAUAUUAUUUGUCGAUUAGCUUUUAUAUUUGCAUUUUAUAGAUAACUAUUAGUAAUGUCAUUCUUUUUGAUCUUUUUAGGCAUUCUCCUCUGAAUUAAUUAUUCCUGAUGGUAGAAACAUUACUUGGGACAAUAAAAGAGGAUUUAUAAUUAAAAAAUUAACGCAACACCAUGAUCUCCUGAAAUGUGUUGUUUUAUCUGAUGACGCUAAGGAAAUUGAUGUAUUUUAUCUUAUUACCAAAACAUGUGAGUAGAACAUUAGCCACCAAAUGGAUUUUGAUUGAGUGCUUGCUAAUGUUAAAUGUUAAUGCCAAUGUUUAAACAUUGAUGUGUAAUUACUGUUUUUUUUUAUCCCAGCUACUGCUCUCUACAGUAUGAAUCUUAAUGUGUCAAGCUCCAUCAAGCUUUUGAGUGGAAGUUUUCUUUCAAUUAAUUGUAUGGUUACGACUGAGUUGAAUGGAAGAGCUGAGCUACGGUGGGAUUAUCCUGGAAAGGUAAGAACCUACGUAUCUAUUGCAGCGUCUCACAUUCAGUCACCCAGUGAUUGGAUAUCUGGACUUUUUUUUAAGUCAUGGAAGGCAUUGCACAAAGCAUUUAACAGUCGGCCCCCUCGUCAUUCAUAAACUGCCUAGCUAGUGAGGGAAUUACAACUACAAUUAUUUAUAUAGCACCAACAUAUUCCGCAGCACUGUAAAUCUUAAAGGAGCACUAUAGUGCCAGGAAAACAAACUAAUUUUCCUGGCACUAUAGGAUCAUUAGGUCCCCCCCACUCUCAAGGACCCCCUCCGCUGGGCUGAAGUGGUUAAAUCCCCUUCAGCCACUUACCUUUUUCCAGUGCCGGGCUCCCUCUGUGCUGGGGAACCCUCCUUCCCCUGCCGACAUCAGCGCCGAAUGCGCAUGCACGGCAAGAGUCGCGCGCUCAUUCAAACCGCCUAUUUGAAAGCAUUUCUCGAUGCUUUCCUAUGGACGUCCAGCGUCUUUUCACUGUCUCGCGCAAGCGCCUCUAGCAGCUGUCAGUGAGACUAGAUUAACCCUCAGUGAAACAUGUUUUCAGCUGCAGGGUUAAAACUAGAGGUACCUGGCACCCAGACCACUUCAUUGAGCUGAAGUGGUCUUGAUGCCUAUAGUGGUCCUUUAAUUAAUUAUGUCCCUCUCCUAAUCCAGAUAGGCACAGAUUUGCUCCUUAUGUAUUAUAGCAAAGAACAGCUAAUAUAUAGCCUAUCACCUAAUGUGGAUCUUCAAUUUCAAAGCCAUUUUACCAUCCUCUAGGCAAGCAAAGGAACAUGGAGUGCUCUCUGUUGGGUGUAUCCACUAUAUCCUAUGAUAACACUUAAUGUUUUUUUCUGCAGCUUAACAAAGUAUACUUUUUGGCAUGUUACUAGUGAUGAUACUACCUAGUUCUUUUAAGAUUGAUCUGCUUUUUUAGCUGCCAUUUUUUAUAAACUCUAAACCUCUGAACCCAGAACAUCUUGGCACACGUGGCACAACAUUGCAAAAUGAGCAAUGCUGUUUUGCCAACAGGAUAUUAUUUAGAAGAACUACAGAUUGCACAUGCAGUACCAACAACUUUAACCCUUCUGAGUUUUUUAGGUCUUGGAAAUUGUUAUUGCCCCUAAUUAUAAUAAGAUAUCUUCUGCUCUAGAAAUAUGGACAGCUGGCUUCUAUACUAAAAACAAAAAUGGAUCGUUCAAACUCUACUUACCAUCGCUUCAUCAGCACACUUGUUAUUCCAAAAGUGCGGAAAAUUGAUGAAGGAGACUAUCAAUGCACCGCAACCAAUGGUCAUAAUAGAGUAUUUGCCCUCACAACUGUACAUAUUCAAAGUAAGUGUUGUUAUUUAUCACACUGUACAGUAAAAUAUCUGGAAUAUACCUUAGAGCAAGGGUAGUCAGUCAACUCAAAUUGGAAGUUAUAGAUCCACCUCAAGGAAGAGCUUCAUUUAGAUUAUCCUCGCUAAUAAAGAAGUAGACCUUUUUAAACAUUAAAUAAUUUUCAGUAUUCAGCAAAGAGUGUCAUGUAGCACUUACAUGGUUAGAAAGAUCCACAUCUUCUAGAGAAGUGAUUCUAGAAUGAAACACAUUACAGAUCGUUAUCUUGAGAUGAUAAAUAUCAUUAGUGAAUUCAUGUAUUUGAAUGCUGAGUUCUGAAAUUUCAAUGCUAGAUGGAAUUGGUGUUAGAAUAUAUAUUGGAGGUGGCACUUUCUUUAAUAGAAAUGUCUUUUUAUCUUUAGAGAAGCCAAGCAUUAAAGCUCAACCCCGAAAACAAGGCACCCUCGAGGCAGUUGCUGGCCAAAGGUCUUUAAAAAUUGCGGUGAAAGUGAAAGCCUUCCCUUCACCGGAGGUUAGAUGGUGAGUUCAAAAUAAACAUUUCCUGUUGGCUUUUCUGAAUAGUAAGUACAUAUGAAAUUAUAGUUUGAAUCAUUGCAACGGAACUCACAGGAGGAAAUAUUGAUUCUGUCUUCAGCAUUAUUUCCCUAUUGUAUAACCAUUAGUUAAUACUUUAUUUAUCAACAUUAUCAUUCCAGCUCUUUGUUCUCCUUUUGAAAGAAACCAUCAUUUUAAACAAACCAAUUUUGAAAAAUACCUGCUUAUUGUGCAACUAGAAUUUGUAGCACUUCCUUUAAGAUUGACAGCACUCAUAUAUCCUAAAAAACGAGAUAUAUGAAGAUAUUAGAUCACAGACCAUAACAUAUUUUUAUUUUCAGGGUUAUUUACUAAAAUGCUAAUUCAAAGUGAAUUUCAAAUUUAAGUUCAAAAUGGCUGAACUGGAAACAUUUUCUAAGUCAGCUCUGCUUUCAGUUUGGCUACUAUGGCCUUCAAUUUGAAAUUCAUUUUGAAUUUACUUUGAUUCCUCACUUUAUUGAAUAACCAUUUUUGUGCUUAGAAUCAACUAACAUAAGCUUGUUACUUGUUCAUUAUAUUUGUUUGUGGUUUACGUAAAUUUACCAUUGUAACCAGUAUUUUGGCAGCAAUGUGGGUUAUUCAAAAAAAAUUCUAAAAAAUUAUUAUAUUCAAAACACCUUUUGCAAACAAUGUUAUCUAUGCCCGAUCUAAGGUUUGUGAAUUGCAGUUAAAUUAGCUUAAUGUCAUAUGAUAUGAAACAAAGGUUUUUAUGAGAAAUUUAAUUAAGGAAAAUAUAAAAGGCUCCAUGCAUCUACCCUUUCAGUUCUUAAAAUAGAAAGGCGAUAUAAUGCCUAAGAUGACUGAUUACUAAAGAGUGUUUUGCUGUGAGUUGGCAGGCAACUUGUCUGACAGGUCAGAUCAGACUGGUUGGAGAAUUUGUUUAAUGUAUUUCAGCUUUCAUUUUGAUAAUUGGUUGAGCCAAUUGUUUAUCAGUGAAUAAGCCCCAUAUUGCACAAUGGGGGUAAUAUCGCAGUUUUUGCCUCUGAUGUUUGUAUUGUACAAUGACGAGUCAUUUUUCCCGUGAAAUACAAUUCAAGGUCACAAAAAUGAACUUUAGGAAGGAGACUCGGGAAGAAAGAAUACAUUUUUAUAUUCCAGAAAUGAUCCAAAUUCCAUUCUCUAAAAAUAUCUCAAGUUAUUUUUAUAAAUUCAAAAGGAGAGAAUAAGUUCAGCCAAACAAAGAGGAACAUUAUGGGUGAAAUGUUUGCUAUAAAUAAUGUAACUUUCACACAAAUACUUUGUAGAAAUACUUUAUUUCUGUGCUAAUUUUUUUUUUAAUGCUAUUUGGUGAAUAUUCACUAGAUUGAGGACUAAUAAAUAUUUUUUUAGUUUUGGGAUUAAAAUUUAUAUUAGUUGUUUCUUGAUUCUCACCGUCAAACCUGCUUUUUCAAAAUAUUUGAUCAUAUUAGAUGCUCAGUAUUACACUGGUCAAGAACCUGCCUAGUUUAAGCUAUGUAGUUCUUGCUUGAUGGGACCCCUUCUAAAUUUUUGAAAGUCUGCCUAGUUAGUUUUUUAAAACAUCUGUCAACUUCCCUAGUUAUUUAUUGAGAGUCUCCCUUUUUCCUCAUUGAGUGCCUUCCACCUUGGUUGUAUUCCUAGAUCUUUAUUGAGGACCUCUCUAUUCUUUUAUUAAAAGCCUGUAUAUAUCUAGCUUGUGCAUCUUCUUUGCGUUUCAGUCUCUAAUUUCUUAUUGAUAGCCUCCCUAGCGCUAACAUGGUUGUCUUCCUAGAACCGUAUUGAGGAUCUCUCUAGUUCUUAAUUGGGAGUCUAUUUAGUUCUAGCUUGCUAGUAGUUCUGGUUAUUUAUUGAGCACUUGCCUAUUCAAGCAUCGGUAUCUCGCUGAUUCUAAAGUUAGAUUUGUGACUAAACUUCCUAGUUAGUUAUUGAAAGUUUGCCUGUUCUAACUUGGUAGUCCUCUUAAUUUUACAUCUACCUAUUUUUUCUAAUUCUACAUGCCUUAUGGAUUUAAAGAGGAAGUAAAAACCCUGAUUGGUUAUGUUCUGUUGAUCUAAAAAUGUUUUACUUUUUGGUGUUAGCUAGUAGUAUUGUUGCAGUUUUUUUGUGAAACAUUUAGCUUGUCAGAGAGUUUAAUUGUGCAAAUCUCCCGCUAGAACAGUAAUGCCAUACAAUAGUGCUCUCCAAUAUGCCGAAUAUCCAACGAGAAUAUUACUACUGCCUUUAAUGAUGGGCUACAAGCAAAGCGUAUACAAAUUGGAGACUAACAAAAUAAAAUGUGUUAAUGGGCAGCAAUGGGAGAACAGCUGGUGGAGUGAUCAAUAGCUACUCUGACUCUUACCACUUCUGCAACAGUUAAUGUAUUGUUGGAACAGUUAUGGUUUGAAGUCUUAUCAUUGUAUAUUAACCAUAUUUUCUUUUAUAAUUUUUACAAAGGUUCAAAGAUGACCUGUUGCCUGUAGACAAAUGUGCUCGGUACAUUGUAAAUGGCUAUUCCUUAAUUAUCAAAGAUGUAAGGGAAGAAGAUGCCGGAAUCUACACUCUAUCGCUUCAUAUAAAGAACUCAAACAUAACCGAAAAUGUUAGCAUGAGACUCAUUGUUAAAGGUACGCACAUCACAAUCAGUUUUUUUGCUCAAAGCAUCAUUUUUCUUUAUCUAGCUACUAAUUAGUUUGCAUUCAUAUGUUUGUAGUGAAACCUCAGAUUUAUGAAAAAGCGUUACCUUACCACGAAUCGCAUCUCUAUCCACUUGGCAGCAGGCAGUCCCUGACGUGUACUGCCUACGGUGUCCCACCUCCUACCAUAACUUGGAUGUGGCAACCAUGCCCCCACAAUCAUGCCAAAGCAAGGUAAGUCUUAAUUUCUUUGAUUGAUAAUGCUAUUUUCAGUUAUUAAGUGUCUUUUGUCUAGAAUGAUGGCUGUACUCAUCACUCAGUUAAACUGAUUAUAAUUCUUGUGUCCAAACUUGUAUCCUAAAGCAUCAACAUCACUGUUUCACAUUGAUGUUUACUCAAAGCAACUCUGUCACUGUCUGGGGUCAUUGCAUAAUUUGCAAAGACACCCGAUGGUGACUGAUCUGCUGGCAGUAUGGUGACUGAGGGUUGCUUGGAAAGGUGAGUUAUACUUCCCUGAACCUGUACCUCACAGACAUCGUCAUCUUCUUCUUGCUGGUUCCAUUCGUCUCCUAGCGCUUCAUCUGGUCUAUGGAAGAGCCUACAAAAGGUUCUACAAAACCAUUGGAUCCUCCAUAAGCAAUGUCUUUUCCUGUUUGGCGUCACUGGUGACAACUGAGGGAUUGACAAGGCUUGACACAAGAUAGCUCCACCUUUUGUCAAACAUAGGAAAAAUACUAAGACAAAGCAGGUACUACUUUGUCUUAGUAUAUCUUUUAACUGGGUUGGAAUUUCAAUGAAAUUUGAGUAUUUCAGAAAGAUUUUAUCUUUAUGAAAUAUUCAUUCUGAAAGGAGGGUUUACAGAGCCGCUUUAAAUCAACUUAACAAGUCAAGUCUUUCCUCAAUGCACUCUACCUACUACAAAUUAAGCAGAACUGCUGGAGAUAUUUUUUUUUUUUAAACUUAGGCUUUGUCUUCUCUCAUAUCUCUAUAAAUCAGACUGACUGACCAUUAUUGCACUGACUUAUACAAGCAGGGGGCCUCAUUUCUGGAAGUGGGAAAGCAAAAUAGCAUACUUAGGAAUGUAAAAUUAAACGGAAUCUGUGUAAAAAACUAAACAAUCUAUGUUAGCCAACUCUUGGAAAUAUCGAUUUUACAGCUUGACUAGUUGUCAUAUUUUUUCUUAUUUUUUCUUACAGAUAAAAUGAAUUUGUAAUUUGAUCAAUCAUUUUUAUUUUAUAAUGAAUGUUUCAGGGGUCUGUGGCAAGGUGUAAUGCUGCAUACAUCAUAAUAAUGUAGUCUUCAAUCAUUUAAGAAGUACUUUAAAACUCAUCUCUUUAGGAAAGCUUAUGGCCUCCCAGAGUAACCUCUACCUGAAUUACCUGUCUCUUGCUCUCUCUUAAAGGGCAGCAGGUUACUCUUUCCUCCAGCUCUGCUUCACUCCCACCUUAUUUGAUUGCUAUUUCUUGUUCUAAUGUGUUUUAUACCCCACCUCCUAUAGACUGUAAGCUCGUUUGAGCAGGGUCCUCUUUAACCUAUCGUCCCAGUAAGUUUUCUUGUAAUAGUCCUAUUUAUAGUUACACCCCCCCUCUCAUAAUAUUGUAAAGCGCUACGGAAUCUGUUGGCGCUUUAUAAAUGGCAAUAAUAAUAAAAAUGAUAAAUAUCAUUUGAAUUUUAAAAAUAAAUAAAUAAUUAAAUACAGAUGUCUUCAUACAUAUAUUUAGAAAGAUACACGAGUUGUUUCUUUGCAUCUGCCAACAUCUGGUUUUAAUGCAUUAUCUACUGCUGAGAACAUAGUUUCUUGACGUACGCCAAUGUAAUAUUUGCAUUUAUUCAUUUUUCGGAUAUUUUCGGUAUAUUAAAAACACAAAUAACAGGAAGCAUUGUUAAGUACGUUCCUCUGGUUUUGUGUUCGUGGGAUAGUUAUUUCAUGACUGGAAUUCAGUGAGUUAAUUUUUCUUUCUAUUUUUAGUUAGGACAUGAUUGAUUCUUUUCCUUGGAGAAAAACUUAAGAACAUAAAAUAACACACAGUCCGAUUUAUAUCAAGUAGGGUAAGGAUAUAAAUUUCCACUACACGUCCGUCUGCAAAAUAAAAAUCUAAAUUUAUCUUAACAUACUGUUCAUUUUUCUAAACCCCGGGAGAAGUAACUUAACAGAAAUGUAAAUAGGACAAAACAAGUUGGACAUUUGCAGCAGUAAAACGGUUGGGAUUAAGGAAUACAGGACAGAAAAUUAAAUCCACAAUGGAACACAGCUAAUCCCAGUUCGGUUUAUGGCAGGUGGCUGUCUAAGGUGCUGAAACAGAACAGCAUUUUUUAUUGUACAUUUUUACAUUCCUAUCUACGUAGGGGAUCAUUACAAAAUACCGGCACAUCUGUUUACUAUUUUAAGCAAAUCGUGGAACCUGGUAUAAUACAAUGAUGUUGCAUCUAUGAUACUAAAAUAUGCACAAUAUAAAAUCUGGACUUUAUUUAAUAACAAUUUAUAGGCAUAAUGAAUAAAUCCUUCCUGUUGCUGUUUAAUCAUGAAAAUAAAAUGUAUUUCUCUGCUUCAAGAAGCCUAGCAAUCUGGAGAUGACGGUCAACAAGAGCUGCACUUAGACAAGAGGAAAAAAACAUUAUUAUUGAAAUUAUUAUUAUUAGCAUUGAUAUUGAGACAACAUAUAGCACAGUGCUUUUUAAUUAUAUAAUGAGGGAAUAUGACAUAAAGAAACCGACAAACAAAAUAAUGUUGACAUAUACAAGAAGUGAACAGAACCCUUCUCAAAUAAGCUUACAGUCUAGAAGACUGACUUUUUCGGAAACAAAAUUAUAUUCCAAAUAGAUACAGUUGUGGCCGGUGACUGUAAAAUAAAGAGAUUAGAGUAAAGUUAUGCCAGUAUGACAUAUUAUUGACUUCCCGGAGGAUUAAAAGUAAAACAAGUUAAUUUUAUCAUUUACACAUACACAUUGAACAUUUUUAAAUAUGGUCUGGAAACAAAAAUUGAGCUGAAAUAUUUCUGUAACUUUAAAAUUACACUCGUAAUGUCAGCAUUAACAGCACAAUCUAGUGCAUAUUUUACAGUUUCAUGUAGAGGCAGAAUAGUUUUUAUUGACCCAGCUCUUUUCACAAAUUUUUCGCUCCUCAAGAUUUUCUUUAAAAAAAGAAAACUAAAAAAACAAAAAACUUACUCGGGUUUCAUGAUGCAAUGACGUAGUAGAAAAAAAAAUACAUGAUUUUACAUAGAAAAAUAAAACAACCAUAUUAGAAUUAUUUAGGUGUGCAUUCUUUUAUUUCAUCUAUUUCAGAAUAUUAAAAAUAAUAGUGAUUAUAUGACAUCCCUUCUUGUAAAUUUUUGGACUCUAAAUAUUUGAGGUAUUAGAACACGUACUCUACACAAAAACAUUAUCAUUAGAAAUUCUCAAAUACCAUGCCCAUAUUUGGAAGGAAUCUGUAUAUAUUUUGGAGAAGGCAAAUUUCUAAAUUGGCAGCAAAAUUAGUUAGAUCUGUGUAGCUGUAGAACCAAUACUGAUCUUCAUUUCCCAAUUAAAAUCAGUCCCAGAAAUGCAUGAGGCUGUUGACGGGAUGUUGACUGUGUUGGUGGAUAAGUGGUUAAUUUUAUACACUUAUGGACCAACGCUUACUCCAUAGAUUUUAGAUUUUUUUCACCAGCUAUAUCCUUACCAUAAAAUGAAAUUUAAACUGAUCCUUAGAAGGAAGUAGACAGUGAAUGUUAAAUCCAUUGCCACUUUUUACCAUGUGCCACUGCUUUAUCACAAAACCAAUUUAUAACGUCGCACGAGUACUGUAUACAGAUGUCAUGUAGUACACGCUUGCCCCGGAAAUGUUUUUCAUUCAGCGGUUAUAAUUAUAACAUUGUAUUGUGUUUGGCAUGCUUUGUACAAAUGGCAGCAGGAGCCUUAAAAAAUCGCUAAGAACGUUGGGAGCGAACAAAGUUAAGUUGCUAAAGCGCAGUGUUAAUGUAAAGGUUGAUAUCAGUGGCCUUGUCCAGAAUAGACCAUGGGAGCUUUCUUAUCUCCUUUUGGCAGGAGGUGCUUUGUGCUUCCUGUGCGAAAUUAAGAGCAAUACGCGGCUUUCCUCUUGUUGUUUGGCUUCCUCCUCUACACAAGACUGUUCCCAGCACUGCUGUUAUCUUUGCAUCUUCAAACAUGGCACAAUUUGCUUCCUUAAAAGCUUUAUGUAUUCUUAAGGGCCAAGUUAUAUCCCACAUCUCUUGCAGUUCCUAUGUUAACUCCUUGAGAGAGGAAACGAUUAUUUUGACACAGGUCACAUUAAGAUUCAUAUAUAGUUUUUUUUCACCUUUUUUUUUCUUAUUUAUUUUUUUAUGAUAUUGUUGAAUGAGGCCUUAAAACCAUCCGGUAUGGAACCACUUCAGUAAGUGCAUGAAUUUCUAUAUUUCGAAUAGAUUUUAAUAACUGUUGGCACUGUAGGGUGGUGAAGAUAGGAAGCCGAGGAUGUGUCCCAAUUAAUGUAGCAAUUAAAGAGUUAAAAUAAGUUAGAACCUUGUGGAAGUGUGGAAUUGCUCUAAGAUCUUUGAAAAAAUAAUGACAGGAGCUCCCGACUUCCUGUUACUGUGCGCUGCCAGAUUUAUGGCCGUCUUCCUCUCUCCUAGGUCCAUUCUGGAGCAUAAUAUUAAAAUAGAAUUGAUGACUUCUGUUAGAAUCUAUUCCUCGUUUAAGGCAAGGAGAAGGAAAACACAGGUCUAUAGUCAAGGACGGGCCGUCGGAAAGUCAAGAAUAAAUAUUCCCAGAUCCCAAAUUAUAUUUUUUUUUCUAAAGUACUUUAAGCACAGUUUGGAAUCAUAGCAACUGUAGCAGAGACAUAAUGAAAGAGGACUUGUCACUUUCUGCCAAAACACAUCUAACUGACAUCUCCAGGUACAAUUAUAAAAAAUAAUACAUUUCAACUUUAACACCUUAAGAACGGAGACAGUUGUACCAAGACAAAACCUAGCACUAUAUAUAAUUUUGUUCAGGAAAAAUAGGGCUUUUCCUUUCACAUCAAAUAUUUAUACAUAGAGCACAAUUUAAUAUGCAUAAACUCUAAAGUAAAGUUCUGCAUGGCAUUUUAACUGUGAAUGUCAUAAUAUUUUUAGCUUUUAUUGCAAUAAAAGGAUGUUCUACAAGGACAACAAUACCAUCCAUGUACAGGUUUCAUGGUGUUUUGGAAAGUUACAGGGUUAAAUAUAGGGCUUGCCCAUUUCAGUUUUUACACAUUGACAUUUGCCAGAUUGAUUUGCUGGGUUCAUGUUGCCUUUGAGACCGUAUGGCAGCCCAAGAAGUAAAAUUACCCCCACAAUGGCAUACCAUUUGCAAAAGUAGACAAUGCAGGGUAUUCAAAAUAGGGUAUGUCCAGUCUUUUUAGUAGCUACCUAGUUACAAACCCUGUAGUUAGUAUUCGUAUUUGUUUUUUGCAUUUUUCUCACACACAAAAAAGGGACUUUCACUGAUGAUAUCAUGUUUUAAUCUUCUAUUUGUGUUCAGUAAUGUCUCAAGAGUACAACAGUACCCACGAUGUAUAUGUUUUAAGAGAUUAAUAUACAAUAAACAUAUAUAUCAUACAUAAUUUCAUUGUAAGUGUAUAAUAUAUAUUUGUGACAGACCGCUGGCACUCCAACCGAGUACCUUCGCCAAUCGAUGCUCCUAGUGCUUGCAGAGGACUCCAAGCACUCCAACCGACACCAUCAGCACUGCAGACACUUCCAGCGAUGCAGCUGCGCCGGGGUCUUGCCGUCUCCACCCACCCUGGACCCAAGGCCAGGAUCCAGCUUCCAGUGGGUGAACCUCUCUUUCCCCAGAGAGCGUAACAGGAACAGAACAGCUCUUACAAGAGCUCAGUGAUUAUAGCAAGAGAGUAUGACGAGCAUAGCAAUCCCUUGUAGCAGAUUCCCCCAAUAAGAGACAGGACUCAGAUUGAGGGUGAAGAAGAACUGAGGUUUAAUGACACACACUCUACUUUUAUGCAAUACUCCCAUGCAAGGGAGACGCCCACAGACAAUUAUGAAUUACCCAGUCACACACUGGUUACAUCCCACACAUCUCCUCCCCUUAGCCUGAGAGGUAACACAAUUAGCCGUACAGUUUAAAACAUACUUUUUACCCAACCUUCAUGACUCUAAAACUAUACAUCCAAUAUUAAUAAAGUCACAUAUUAUUAAUCAGCACAUUUCAAAUACAAACAUACCCAAAAAUCAUUCGCAUCCGUUCAGCCGUUCGGGAGAUAUAUAUAAGUCACCUUUGACUGACCACAAGCACAUUUUCAUGCCCAAAAGAGUUCCAGAGACUCAGGCUGUGCGGUCGGUCUAUUUCCCAUGUUAAAGUCAGUUCAAACACACGAACGACAACCAUUCGAACUGUCGAAUGAACUGUCGAACGGCGUUCGAACUGUCGAAUGCACGGAAGUCUGGAGAAUGUAAAACUUCAGCUAAAUUAAAAUGGCCGCCGCCACGUGUUCAGUUUUCGAAUGGCGGCUACUUCGACUACUUCGGCACUUCGACUGCAUCCGAAGUGCCAAUUUAAAAGUACAAAUCCUUUCUCUGGGAGUUAAAGGGCCAGCAGCAGCACAACAAAAAUCCAUUAUGCCCAAAUCUUGUAUUUAAAGGGCCAAACCUCCCAGGGACCAUAAUCACUUGGCAAGAGGCUGGCAAGCAGUCCUCUCCAGGCACAAGUGGCGAUGUUAGUUUCGCCACAAUAUUAUUUAUAUGUAAAUAUAUUAUUUUAUCAAUUAUAUAUUGAGGCAUCCUGCCAAUCAACCUGAUCCGAGUCAUGUGAUCGCAGCGUCACUUCAAUCACAUGACUCGGAACGGCUGGACUGGUUGCAGGGCAACUGCCGAUUGAAUCUGGCAAGUGAGUGUGAUUUGGCAAGGUUGCACGGGCAGAUACAUUAGAAUAUGUCAUUAAUCUCUAACAGCAUUAAACCCCAUGCUGUUCAGGGCUUAGUGACAUGUACUAAUGAUCAGUGAUCUCUCCAUAACCCAUAACUGCAGCUAUGCUACUCAUAUCAGCAAUACAUUUUCUUUAUGGGAGUGCUCAUGACAUAUAAUGGUGGACCAGCCUUCAAGCACUACCACUCUCAGGCCUCACUUCACACUCCAACUCAGUGAAGCUCUGCAUUUAACAUCCUGCAGCAAAUCCUACCACUCUCAGGUACUGACUGAAUCUUGGAAGAUACUCCACCUAAUUUAUUCUUGGAUUGCUACCAUAUUAACAUGUGUUACUAUAGAAUUGUUAUUUAUACCUGUAGGUUGCCACUGUAAUUUUUUGUGCAUGCAGUUUGUAUUAUUGCCAUUUAAUGUUUCUGACCAAUAUUUCAUGUACACAGUUUUUAAUAUUUUGGGUGUUAGAAUUGGUUGCUAAACUUUCCAAUUGUAUUCAACACAUGGCUAGUCUACCCCCGCCCCCUCUCCCUCUUUACUAUGCUCCUGCUAGCUGUGAAUACCUUCAUAUAACUGUUCAAUCUGCAUCUCUGUUCCUCAGGUCUCACUUCACACUCAAACUAUGUGAAGCUCUGCAUUUUUUCUCACCACUUCCCAUCCACCCUCCCUUCCUCCCACCCACCCAGGUUCCCCCUAAAUAUAUAGCAUGUUCCACCAGCUGUUUGAGAUUCUCACUCAAUUACUUCUUCAUUCACUUUAUAUUUUAUCAAUAGCUGCUUCUCUGUUAACUCUUUUAGCCAUCACCUCCAAACUUCCCCUGCUACCUCUUGUCUCAAAUCCCCAUUGUAUGCAGGCAAUCUAGCUAAGCACUUUGCAUAAAAGAGCUUCAAUGGCUAGAUAUCAGCUUACGGGCAGGGCUCUCUCUACCACUUGUAUUUGUCUGUGUAUAUUAUACGUUCUCCUCUAAUUGUACAGCGCUGCGAAAUCUGCUGGCACUUUAUAAAUACCAGUAAUAAAUAAACAAGCACUAACUUUAAAGGGUUAAUCCGACAAGGGAAAGCUUGUAUCUCCUCUCCCUCCUUAACUGCAGCCCUCCCUCCUACCGAUCCCCUCUACUAAUAUUUUUUCCCCUGCCUACCUUCUUGCUCCUCUCCUUCACCACUCCCUCUCCCAAAUGUGCUCUGAGCCGGUUAAAUGGUCCUAUCAAAGACUUCUCUCUGAAAAGCCUUUGAUUGGACCUCUGCACCCCUGUGAUGUCAAGAUGGGGUGUCUUGAGCUGCGUCGGGUGAAGCACCCUGCGCGGGGUUUAGGUAAGGAAAACGUAUUUCAUACCUAAUUUUUAAGCAUCUUUUGCGGGGGAACGACCUAAAGCAUAAAGCCCAAUAGGAUAUCUGGACCUUUAUUCAUUUUGAUAUAAACAACCCAGAACUAAGUGUUAUUGGCUUCUUUGUUGUCAUUUGUAACUGGUUGCCAUACACUGCUGUGAUUUUUGCAUAGGCAAUGAGGAACAAGUAGUGAAAUAAGAAUUAAGAGCCACAGCCUUCCAUAGUUGUUAUGGUGUCAAGAGUGCCCUGGCACCCCUCUACUAAAAUUAAACAGUUUUUUUAAACGGUUUGAGUUCUUAAGUGCGUUCUGCUGGGUGCUGCUUCCCGCCACCACUACUAAUACCCGAGAGCUAGGCAUUCCUAAGCAGGAACUUUCAUUAGCUCUCUUGAGCUUAGAUCUUCAGUUCAAGGCUAACUCAUUGACUGAGAGCAUCAGAUUAUUUCACAGCAGAUAAAAGUCAUUCAUCUUUAGGAACGUCCAACUUUCUGGCAUUAGUAGCAGAGGCAGGAAGCAGCACCUGGAGUAUCCCAGUUAAAAAUGGUUUGACUACAAACAGAGAUCACCUGGGCACUACUAGCACCACAUACAGUACAGUUUGCUGUAAUGGUGGACAGUCUAAUGGCUAUAUAUAUAUAUACAUAUAUAUAUAUAUAUAUAUAUUUUUUUUUUACAUUAUUUAUUUUUGCGUGAUAGCAGUGCAAUCAGUAAAACAUCUACAUCAAAAUUACAUCAACAUCAGACAUCAGGUAAUAACGUUUAACACAUUGACAUCUUAAUCACUAAAAGUGCGUCUUUACUUGUGGACAAUCAAUUUAGCCAUCAUGUUUUUUUGUUAUAAUGAGUUGAAAAGUUGGAAAAGAAAUAAGAAAGCCAAGUAUAGUGGAGUGUCCCCUGUUCUCCGCUGCAAUUAGCAUACCCCUCAUAAGGCAGAAACCGACGCAGUGGUGUAGGCCAUGAUCCUAUUUGACGUCCCAAGUGUCCCUGCGUGCCUUUUCCGUUGGGGGGUGUAGGAGGAAGAGAGCUAGGAGUCCUGGGGAACAGGACUGGAUAGGCAAAAGAAAGAAAGAGCAGAUCGUCUGGGAGUGGUACAGCCAGCUUGUUUGUGGGGGCUCGGGAAGUCCAGCGACCCCUGCUAUUUGUUUACGCAUUUCCCCAUAUUGGGAUUCAUUUCCUGUGUCUGAAGGAAUAUGUCCAGCUAUUUAAUGGGAUGAUGGACUAAUGGCUAUAUUUUAAGGUUUUUAAUAGACAUUGCAUUUAACUGAAUAUCUUUGUUAUGUUACUCCUUGUAAAAGCAGCAGUUGGACUUGUUGGAUUGAACAAUAUUUAUUUUGUAUGAAGAAAUCCACCACAUUCCUUAGUUAAUUAGGUCUUUUAGGUGUUUUUUCCUUACUUAUGUUUAGUUGUAGAAAGUCUGAAGAUGGGUCUUACAUGUAAUGUAUAAUAGAAUAUAAUACAUCAACAUUUUAGAAUUGAUUUGAAAGUUUUCCAAGCAGUAGCUGAUAUUGCGAAAUAAAUUAUGUUUCGUAGCUGCUGAUUCAUGAUUUGAGGUGGUUGAACUGGAAAGGACAACUCAUUCUAUUCAUACGUGAAUCCAGACUUGGACAAGCCCUUCCUGGUAGUUUCAUUGUGUUUCCAAAUUAAUCCCAAAGGAAUCAUUGGGAAAUAUCCAUUUAACUUCCACUUCCACAAAUUCCAGUCGUCCUUUGUGCUGACUGCGUGUAUUCAACAACUUGUAUUCCAAAAAGAACUGGAAGUAAUAUUACAAUAAAGUAGAGAUUUGUAAUGAAGAUUUGGAUACAAAAUAAAAACUCAAACCUUGAGUUAUGCAAGCUUCGGCACUUAUUAAAACACCAAAAAUGAAACUAAACAGAAAUUAUGGCUUCAUUGAUUUUCACAUGAAUGGAUGAUAUCUCUGUAGCUUACAUUUUGGAUCUUCAUUGCUUAUAAAAUUAGGGUGUUUGUCGAAACGUUCUGUGUUCACAUGUUCAAAUUCUGGCCAGUCUCUUAUCCGGUGUAGUCAUUAUUGUCAAAAAUGUUAAGUGCUCAAGUCAAAUUAUUUGACUUUGACCCCCUUAAUCAUACUCAUGCUAUUAUGAUGGCAUUCUUGUUAAUUUGAUUUGCGAAUAAUACAACACGCCUUCUCAGUUCUAGCCUUGGUUACAAACAUGCCAUGAACUUUAUGCUGUAUACGUCUUAUUUUGUUAUUUUGUUUAACUUAAUUUUGUAAGAUCCCGAGAUGCCUAGCUUCCAUGGGCCUCAAUUCAAUUAUUUUGAAUCAGCAUCAGAAUUGAGUCCAAUCUGUUAGAAAAUAAAUAAUAUACAAAUUAUUUAUCUACCGAAGAUACCAUUAAUGUUCAUGGGAUUGUUUGUAGUUAAAUCAUUUGAGAAGUUUUUCUAGCGGAAUCGAAAAAAAAUUCUGAUUCAAUCAAGUUAUAUCAAGGCCAUUGUCAGCUGGAAACAACACCAGAUAGUUGAGACGCCAGUUUGGACAUAUCUUCUGCUGAAAUAUUUAUUUUGGUUUUGCUGCUUUUCAGUACUUAUUGGCAUUACCCAUCCUAUAAGAUCUGUGAUUAAAGAACUUAUAUAAGGAACCUGGACCAUUUUCAAACUUGUUGUGUAUUUUAUGAUAAGGGAUUCGCAUGAUGUCUUUAUCUCCCCACUGCCACAAGCAAGUAGUUAAAUGAAAGUAACACAUGUUUAUGCAUUGUCAUAAAUAUCACUGACACAUACACUCACUCUGGAAUCCAUAAAUGAUGAGUUAUCAGAUACAGAAAUUAGUAUUUGUAGUUGUUAGGACUUAAAGCGGCACUGUCACUUGGCCUCCCUUCGCAAAAAAUAGAAGAAUUUGCUAGCUUUAGUGUACUAAUAAUCUUAAUUUUAAUAAUAACAUAAAGCAAGUAUUUGGCAUAAUCUUCCUUUACUACUCCAUAGCAGCAAGGACAUAUAGAGAAAAAAAGGAACCAAUCAGAGACAGGCAGAGAGUAUACGAUACGACUUCCACUGAGUCACUUCCUCUUCAUAACUGUGACAUCACAAGUCACACGAUCAACUGAAGAACCAUACGGAAUAACGAAGACAGUUCAAAUUCCAGAUGAAGAACAGUUGGAUUUAUUCAAAACUGGGAACAAUGAAUAUCCUUUACGCUUGAUGUAGAAGAUCUCUUUGUGUCUUUUAAGCUGUAAGAGACCGAGAGCGUUUUCGUGAUAUUAAAUGUAAACCUGAACAAUAUGAGUAACCCUCACAUGAAAGGUGUGUAAUAAUUUGAUACUGGAGAUGCGAACCCACCUGAGUGGAAGGGAAAUUCAAUAGGGAGGGAAAAUACUCGCCUCCUGUCAUUACUAAAAUUAAGAUUAUUAGUACAAUAAAGCUAGCAUAAUCUUCGAUUUUAUCACAUGGCAGGAGGCUUGAUAUUUAGCAUUUUUAACGCUAAGGUAAUAGAGAGAAAGCGGCAAUGGAGGACGGGCGAGAGUUAAACAUCCAAAAGGUGGGUUCUCGUCACCAGUCUGCUGAGAGCAAUAUAGCUGAUAAAGACGCCCCCACUGUGAAGGCGGAAGAGGCCGCCGCACACCGAACGGAAUGUGUGCCGAAGGAAAGGUCAAUCCCGGCAAGAUAUAAAAGCCAUCGUACCCAGCGGGUCAAGGUGGUAACCGAGAUUUGCCCAUGUGGCUUAACGUAGGACAUGAUAAUUGUCGGGGAGAGGUAAUUGUAGUGUGGCCAUUGCCAUACGUAAGCGUGCAGUGUCUGGACCACGUAAAGUUGGGUUCCGACGGAAAAGAUGGGCAAAAAAAACGAAGUAGAGUACGUCUUGUACGUCGAGAAACAUGAAGGGUGACACCUACCGGAGAAAAAGAGAAGGCGUCCAUGUGGAAUGUUCGAAUGUCCAAAAUCCAACCAAUUGACCCGUGGAUUCAAGCUGAGAAGUAACGCUUCCUUGUUCCAGGGGCCCAUGAGUCCAAGAGUAGAUAUCUAGUCGUUGACCAUAAGUCAUCGGUGCAUCAAACACCCCCGAAAGACUCCAGGCCACUAAAGAGAGAUGUCCUUCUUGUAGCAUGGGAUGAGGAUUCCCCAUGGAAUAUCAUCUGAUCCUUUGUUAAUAGCGGUGGGUCCUGGUAUGACAGUGCGAGGAGAUCUGGGGACCAAGGCUGACUCUGCCACCGGGACGUCACCAGGCAAUAGUAGAAGAUUUUCUUUUGUGAGGUGAGUCAGUGUCUGAAAACAAAUGCCCCAAAUAUUACAAGUGAUUGAUGUGAUGAACUGCAGAGAAAUUGUCCAUGCGUAGGAGGAUACAGCAAUCGGAACUCCCUUUCAUUAGAUUUCGGACAGCAGAGGCACCUGCCAACAAUUCUAGGCAUGUAUACCGUCGAGUUACCAUUGAAGUUCUUGUUGGAUUUCUUACAUCAUGGGUACCAGUGCAAGAAGGUGGCUGUGAUUCUCGUCGGAGAAUAGAAUGUUGUCCAGGCAAGCCAGGCAUCGUAUCUUCGUUCGGAAAGCAUCGUGGUGUGGAGCUGAGCCAGAAGGGGAGGCAGGUGAAUUGCCAUGGUGUCCCGUUCCAGAGGAAGCGAAAGGAGGGGAGACUGCCAUUGUCUACUGGUACAGGCUGGUAGGCAUCUUUAAGUCCAGGCGGAGAAACCAGUCUCUUCUUUGCAAUAGAUGGAUACCUUCCAUCUUGAAAUGGUGGUAUGUAAAAAUGUUUAACCAGGAAAGAGACAUUGAGAUAUUUUCUGGUUUCCAAGUGCAUCCUUUUGAUGUAACUUUUACCCAAUUUAAUAGUAUUCAUUUUAUCUACCUCAAAGGGCUGAAGGGCUGAGUCAGCCCUGCUGAGUAAUUGAACCUGUGACCCCCAAGGGUUAAGCAGGUUCUGACUAAGGCGAAUAAUGUCCUUGUGCCUGUGGGCCCAAUUCUUUAGCCCCGAUGUUUACCAAUUUCCCAUCAAUUCGGAAUAAGGCUGCCCGGCGUCUCUCCGAAAAGAGAAGAGGAAGCAAAACGUCUUUGAGUCCACUCACAAACAUCGUACUGCUGAAAGGAGUCAGCCUGGGUGUAUGCCUCAUCUAUUAGGGUCAGAACCCGGGCGAGUGGCCCGACAGCAUUGAGGAACUUAUCCUGGGCUCCUUUGAACCCUUUCUCUACCCCUUUCCUUGAGUCUCUACCCCCUCGUGCCAUGAAAGCCAGCAUCAUCUGGUCAAAUUCUGGGGUAUAGGCAACCUUAUCCAGAGUGCACUCUGAUCUCAGCUGCUUUUGGACCUCCUUGUACAGUGCCAUCUGUAGCCAGAAGUGGAUAUGUCCAAUCUCCUGAGUGUGGGUGGCGAAUAUUUCUUAGGGUCAAACACCAUUGGUGUCUAAAAAGAGCUCACCAUCCGACUGCACCAAAACCAACUCUUUCUCCACAUCACCCUCAUGCUGGGGCUCACCCAGAAAGGUAUCCUUUACAUAGGAGUUGGGACCCCAAGUCCCAUGAUCAGAAUGAGGAUCUUCUGUUUGCCCCUCAUUGAGAAAUGAUAGUGAUGGGGGGACUUCCUGCUCCUCAUCCGAGGAAGCGUCAUAAGUUGGAGGGUUUACAUGCCGUGUACGCUUUCUCUUCUUUAGGGGGUCUUUACCCUUAGUGGGUUUUGAUUUUUGAACCUUCGCCUAUCCAGUGUCGCUUAGCAGGGCAGACUUGCUCAUUGGAAGAGGAGUUGGACUCCUCCGAGACGUCUCUCGGUUGGGAGCAUUUAGCAGGUGCUUUGGUUGCAUCUUGAGUGGCUGGAACGCCUUGGCUGAGGCCUUCUCCACAGAAGCUGCAACUGCCGCAUUGAUUACUGCCUGGAGGUCUGAGAGAAUCUGAGUCUUCCAUUAUUAACACCCAGUACACUUGGGGCUCACCCAAUAGAUUUGUGAGUAAAUAGGCUAAUUGGUAGCAGGGACUGCUAGGGGUUAUGGUGGUCAUGAAUGCGACCCAUAGUAAUGUAUGUAGAGGCAAUGCUGGGAGUUACCCAGGUAAAAGGAGACUGCAAGCACAGCUCCACUCGGCAGCAGCAUAUGGGGGCUCACCCUGAGCCGAGUUAUUAGGUAUAGACCUGACCGACUGACCCAGAUGACAACAGUGACAUUUUAAUCUGUUAUGUCUAUAUACACACCAAUGGAUUGGCAUAUUCUGCAUCCAAAUAUGUUCUCUUCUCAAUUUUUGGCCUAUAUAUCUUGACUUCUUGCUAGCCAUAUGCCAUGAGAGCAGAGAUAGCCAUAUGUAGAAAGUGGAAGUGCACUCAACCCUUCGUCAUGGAAUUCAGGGUGCUGUAAUGGAUAAGUCCCAGUACCAGGAAGGACCAAACAUGCAUUUUGGAUAUAGAAAAUAAUCCAGGCACUCCAACGAGUUCCAAAGCAAAGGCAAUUUUAUUAGAACCAGGAACCAAAAGGCAUCGUUUUGACCCCUUAGGACCUUUGUCAAAGCUUGACAAAGGCCCUAAGGGGUCGAAACGUUGCCUUUUGGUUCCUGGUUCUAAUAAAAUUGCCUUUGCUUUGGAACUCGUUGGAGUGCCUGGAUUAUUUUCUAUAUCCAAAAAUGAGAGCAGAGAUAGGCGGCUAUCUAUUGUAUUGUGCAUCACGUGAACUUUGAUCUGUAUCAGCUAGAAUUCUUUCAGUAGAAUUUUAACUGUUCUUAAUGACAGAAUUAUAAAACUUAUAUGAAGUUUAACAUUCCCUCCAAGAUGUAUUUGCAUUUUAGAAAUCAAUAAGCUGUUUUAAGUCUUCAGUUACAUCAAUAGCCCAGCUUUCUCAUGCAGUCAUACUUUAGUGUUCGCUCACCGUAGGAAAGACUUCAUAUAAGACAAGUCCAGAAGGCGGUUAUGUCUAUAGAGGUAUUGAGGUGUUUUAAUUUAGUCACCAUCCUUUCCAACCCAACUGGAAUUUGCCUAAAUUGAUUGAUUGAUGGCUGGAGAAAUCAAACAGCCCAAAUAAAUAGUAAAAAUGUAACUUUCCAGCAAUGAUUAUGAAAAAAUGGUGGGACUAUAUCGGUGUUGUGUUCUGAAAAAUUGAGCAAGUACUAAAAAGCCACUACAGUUUUACUUUAAAGCAGAGCAUUUUAAAAUGUUGACUAUCUUUUUUUUUUUUUUUUUUUUUGUAUAGGUGCAGCUUCCGAUCAGAUGGCAGUAGAAUUUCUCUUCCUGUAGUAUUUGGAAAAAACGUUAACCAAACUGGAAACAGAAUACAGAACAUAAUACAGAGAACACAAAUGAUUGAAGGAAAGAACAAGGUAGAUUGCCAUAAAAAUUCAAUAAUCUAUUUUUUUCAAUAAUAUUGUUUAGCUCAAAAUAUACAUUCAGCCCUACAUAAAUGAGAACUGUCGUCAAAUUUUCACUUUUAAUUUUGAAAAAAAAAGUUCAUUACAUUUAUUGAAACUUAAUGAUAUCUGUUUUAAAGAUCAAUAUUUUGCUGUAUAAAUUGUAUCUGGCUGAGCAGCCAUGUUGGGUCAGACUCUACUGUUAACUGACCAACUGUUUCUCAACCUAACUUGCCUGCUGCUGUGAUGGUCUAUGCAAAACUACUGCUGUAGGUAAGCAGUAAAUUGGGCCAAUUUCACAGAACAAUUAAAUGUUAAUUACAGAAACAAAAUCAAAAAGUGUUUAACACUUGUGUUUUGUGUAUGUAAAACCAUUGACUAAUUGUCAUUAUUGAUGCUAUUUGUAGGGACGAAUUGAAUAUUUAUAAUGUUAUAAUGUUAUCAUUUGUUUCUGUAACUCUCCAAAACAAUAUUUACACAUUAGCUCGUUUGUCCCCCUUCUAAACAUUUGUAGCAAAAUAUCAUUUGAACUCAUUAUGCCAUUAUAACCAUGUCAGUAAUGUCUUAUGAAAAUGCCUAUUCAAUUUUUUUUCUUUAUUUACAAGAGACUGUUAUGAAGAUAUGAGGCAUACAGUAGAUACAAAAUCCAUAACAUACAUCAUCAAAACAUUGAGUAGAAAUAACAGUAAUAACAAUUGUAAGAUGACAUUGUACAAAUUACAGAUCUGACAUAGACGUCCAACUAACCUUGGAGUUUUUAAAAUUGUUACAAUGUGUGAUCCCUCACCCAGAGAUACUCAACACCCACUUCCCACUAGGAAAAUGUCUAAUUUUAACAAAGACAUUGUUAAGACACCCCUGGCACAGGGGAGUGAAACCACCGUUUAGUUGAGCUCCCCCUCUUUAGUAAUACAGGUUCAAUUCGUAUAGACUGCAAACGUACGAACUGAAGCCAGGGGAAUACGCCAAUCUCCCGAACGGUAUCCGUACGAGUCCUCCAAACUCCCGAACAAUAAAUCCACGAAUCGCAGCUAACCACCGAACAAAUAUAAUCUCCAAGCGGCUUAUGUUUCCAGCAAUCAGUCGCUAACCGUGUGUAGUAAAUCCCCCCCAAUAACGAGACCAAGCUCCGCAUUGAGGGUAAAACAAGAACUGGCUUUACUGUGGGCUACCUGCCCGUAUUUAUGCAGGUCUCCCACUUGGUGGACACUCCCAUAGGGGACCAAAUGGGAGACUGUAACCACCGACAGACAUGUAUCAGUUUAGGACAUACAGUCACAGAAUAUUCCCACAAUGCAUUCUGGCUUCCUCCCCUGUGCCCUGGAGAUAAUUGAGAAGUAAUUCAAUUAUCUCCCAGGACAGAGGCAAAUUGCCAUUUUAAAUGAAACAUUAAAAAUACAUAAAAAUAAGUAAUUGUACAAAUACCGAACAUAUUACAUUAGUGCAACGUAUCCCCAGAUAGCCUGGAUCUGAGUGCAUAUUCCUACCGAAUAGCGCUCAGAUUCCAUACGCACAGUUCAAUUGCCAUGGAGUCAAAGUCUUUUGCAGGUCUUUGGGUAUGCGAUUGACUCCAUGGGAUGGCUAUCUGAGUUAAGUCCAUUCGUAUGAUCCAAACUCCCGAACGGACCGGUGUUCGCAUGCCUCGACGAAUGAGAAGGGCGGGCGGUAAUUUCAGCGGUGUUCGGUAGAAAAAGUGUCCAUUUUUACUUCCAUAAAAUCUGCGCCGAACACCGCUGGUCUUUCGCGUGUUUUAAAAUGGCCGCCGCUUCGUGGUUGGCAUACGAACGACGACCACCCUGCAUUCGGUUAUAAUUAAAAGGUGUCUGCGGUUAACCACAACGUUCUAAUUAGGGCCAAGAGGUUAACCAGCAGCACACUUCUCUUCUGGGUGGCCGUCCGUUUGGUAGUUUCAUUCGGUUAUAAGUCCAAAAAGACGAAUAUGGGCAUACGGACAGGCAAUUCCGCGAAGGGAGGCAAACUAGAUGAAUCAGCCACACCAGUCAUACAGAUGGAUCUGUCACAGACAUAUUCCAAAGGAGAUCCAUUUUUUAUGAAGAUACCCUGAAUAUCUUAUUCGUAACACAAUGUAAUCCAGUUGACUAGACAGUAAUGAACUAUAGAAUCAUUUUCAAAAUUUAAAUUUUCUUUAAUUGUGGUGGAAAAUAUCGAGGUAUAAAAAGAAUAUUUGUUAAGUGUUCAUGAUAUAUUACAAAUGGCUUGACACCUGCCCAUAACACAAUGCAUUAUUCUCCAAUCUGUUAUUGGUACUACUACUACUCAUCAUAGACUUCUCCUGUUUAUUUUAUCCUGGCUAUAUUACCUGUAACACCGCUAAAUUCAAGACUGUGCAUUUUAUUGUCUGGUGUUACUUGAUGAUGUUUUACCCACCUUUCACAAGAAGAGAUGAUGUUGGUGGUUUAGUCCAGACAUUUGUAUUGUUAGAUAUCAUCUUUGCUUUUAAGGUUUAUUACUGGAAAGUUGUCCUUUCUACAUUUACAUGCACUCACAGUUUGUGGCCUUUUUGUCUAUUGUGUAACCACAAAAUCCUUGACUUCACACAGUUUGGAGUACAGGAAGCAUGUCCUAUUAUAAAUAUAAUGAAUUGAGGCUAUGCAGGAAUGACAGCUAUAGUGCCCCGGCGACAUUUCCGCUGAGUGCUGUCUGAACACACGUUGAGAAACCUGAAUUGUAUAAUUGAAGCACUAAGUGACACAAGUGUUGAUACUUAGUCAUAAUAUAUAGACUUCCACUUUUCUUUAAUGAUUCAGUUCCCACACCCAUGACAUUUUUAUUCUCACGUUUCAAUUCUGCAUUAAUCUACUUGCUGUUCGCACAAGCUAAUUUUAGCAGUUUCUUAGUACGUGACCAAAGGUAUAUUGUCUAUACUUAGAAGAUCGAUGUGUGUUUCCCUUUCGGCAGAUGCAUUACUGAUGCUUCAAGUGUCUACAAAUAUACAAUGUGUAUAUACAAGGCUGUUCUGUCCAUUGAAGUCUCUUGUUUAUGUUAUGUAGAUACUAAUAUUAAAUUAUUUCUAUUCCACAAAUUACAUCCAGAGCUGAAUAACCUCUCUGCUCAUCCGGAUAAAGACACGAGAGGCAUAACAUUUGCUAAAGUUUCAUUUUUGUUUCUAAGAGGUUAAAGAAGUGUCAAGUUAAAUACUCCACGGUCGAAAACAAUCUAGUCUUUAUAUCCAAAUAUAUUACUGUAACCCUUUCUACGUGUCUAAAAUCUACUAUUUUAAUUAUUUAAAAACAUCUCAUAUACAUAUCAUCAGUAUCUAAGAACCUGGUGGUGAAUUCAACACGUACACUGCCCUUCAUAAAAUCCAUGAAUCGUGUGUAACAAAGUAUCAUAUUUCUCUGCAUUCAACUAUAAAACAAACAUGUUUAUACACACACACACACACACUGUAUAGACAUAUCAUAUAGACUCUACAACUAUCUAUCUGUCUGUCUGUGUGUCUGUGUGUGUCUGUCUGUCUGUCUAUCUUUCGUUUCCGUCCGUUACUGAUUUAUUUUAUCUAACCAAUGCACACAGUGUGUUAAUCAGACCAUUUUUUGUUUGUUACAGACUGUAGGAAUUCUUAUUUUAAAUAGUUCCAGGAUGUCGGGAGUGUACGCGUGUGCAGCCACCAAUGAUGUAGGAACUGAAAGAAGAGAGAUACCUUAUUAUGUAACCGGUAAGCAGAAUAUGGAGACAGUACAUAUUUAAAUGUCAGUGAUGUAAAAUCAAGUUAAGGUAUAAGCUGAAAAUUAUUCCAAUCAUUUCCUUCAAUAAUUUAUUUCUUAAUUUUCAUUUUAAAUUGUAGUACAAACUAAGUUUGCAGCUUUGGAUAUAUAAGCAAAGGAAUAGCAACAUUUAAUGUUAUAUAAUUUACUUAGUUAGUCCUUUUCUUCCUAAGAUAAUAUGAGGGUAAAUUCCUAAAUGCAAAGUCCUGUAUUGUACAAAUACAUGAUUUUAGCCAUGUAACUGUACUUACUGUAUGUGGAUAUUAGAAUGUAUUAAAGAUUGUUGAUAUCCACGUUUUAUACUUAUAGGUGGUAUUUUAUAGGUGUUUAAAGUGCAAAAUAUCGGCAAAUACACUAAUUUUAGCUAUUACUAAGAGUUAUAUUGAGAUAUAUGAAUAAAUGAAUAAAUAACGGGGGAAAGAUGUGGAUAAAUAAAAAACGUGUAGAAUGAAAAGUUUGGUUUCAACUAUAAUAUCUCUUUUCCCAUGUUUAUCUUCUUGUUCUUCAUUAAUGCUUGGGCUGUUUUAAUGUUUAUUUAGUAUUUAAGUAGUUCUAACAUGACCAAUGACAUUGCUAGAACAUAAUAUUUAUAUAGCCGUUCAUUACAAUAUUUAUCAAACUGAUUCUGGUAAUGCCUGUGUCAAUUAAUACAGCAGAUAAUACAUUUACACCAAAAAUAUAUAAAAUUAUUAUUCAUAAUAGGAUGUAUAAUUUACAAUGGGAAUAAUAAUCUGUGUCCUAUUAUACACAGGAAGCUUUAGUAAAAUACUUAAAGGGACAUUAAAUUCAUAAAUUUCAUAUUUUAUAAAUUAAUCUUGCUUCACCCUCUCCCCCCAGCUUCCAAGCAGACAACUGGUUUGUUUAGUUCAGUGGAGUUAAACUUAAGAGGCAGCAAUUGUUCAGAGUAUCUGCUUUGCAAAGACUUCUUGUUGAGCUGUAUUGGGAAGUCUAUGAUUGGACAGCCUGCUGAAUAAGGUGGGAGAGAGGGGGCUUACAAGGGUAGCAGACAAGAGAUCUGCAGCAUUUGAAAUACUUCAGUGAACAAAAAAAAUGCAUACUUAAAUGUAUUCAUGUUUUCAUUUGGGGUAUAUCUACUAAAUAGUGAUUUAUUUUUAUUUAUUGUUUUGUCUGUUAAGUGUCCCUUUAAAAAUGCUUCCCCUCUCCCAUCCCCCCACCACUUCUCAAGUAAAAUGAACUACGAAAAGGGGGCAAAGCUUGGUAUUUCAGCUGCUCUGGUGUACAACUUCCAAUUACAAUCUAAGUAUAAUUUUGCUCUGUAAUGCCUAUCCACAUCUGUGUGUGUGAUCUCAGCCUGCUGUCCUGAGGGUAUUCUAAUUGUAGCUAAGCCCCCCUUUUUACUCUAAAUUCAGUUUUCCGCUGGAUAUUGAUGUUUAGACUGCUGAAUCCCAGCAUGUGACGAGACACUGCUCCAUAGGAGGCCGCAUAACUAUCUGUUUAAUGUUACUCACAAAAUGGACAUGAAGGGGGCAUUGCGAGAAGGCAAGAAGGUGCCCCAAGUUUAAUUUGGGCAUUAACACUCCUGUAGCUAUUUCGGAAUCAUUGAAACAAAGUUAGAAAAUGUAUUUUUUUUAAUCUCAAACUAGAGUAACCCAUGAUAUUUUUUGUGUGUGCUUUGUUGGCACACAGCAUGCUUGUGGGUGUGUGUGUAAUUACCCAGGGUGAAACAGGAACAGAACUGCCUUAUCUCCUUCGCUUCCCAAUGUCACAAAAACCCAUUUUAUUUUGAGAUUCAUAGUGGUGCUUGGCAAAGAUAAACAGCAUAUUCCAUCAGGAAACCUGGGACCUAUUUCCACAGGAAGUCUCAAAAUCACUUAAGUAAAUAAAAUGCUUUUGCAUUAUUGCGACCGUGCCACUAAGUACUGCAGUGAUUUCAAUAAGUGGAGCUAGGUGUAAUGAGACAUCUCACAUUAUUUGAUUUCCAUCCAGACGUUCUUCCCUAUCACAUUGUGAAGAACAGGGUGAUUCAUAAUGACGUUAAGGAAAUGUCCCGAACAGAAAUGAGAUGAAAGCCCGUGCAGAAGAGAUCCUCAUAAUAUCAUGUCAGCCGCACAAUUAAGGAAAAAUGUGUCUGUCCUUCUCUAACACUUCCUUCAUUUUAUCUUUUAAUGUUUGUGCAUUCUUGAAACUUGACUUCUUCAGUAGAAGCCAAGGUUAAAACCACAAUGAUUGAAGAAUGCGGAUAACAUUUCAUUUUUAUAUGCAUGUCAUUUUAUCCUGAGCUUGAUAACAUGUGGACGUGUCUCAGACCGUAACUUACUGUAACUGCAUGGAGUAACUGCGUAUUAGGUGGAGCCAAUAGUGCAGAAUAGGUCAGAGUACCUGUCUUGCAAAGACUUCUCAUUGAGUUGUAUUGGGAAGUCUGUGAUUGGACAACCUGCUGAAGAAGGUGGGAGAGAGGGGGCUUACAAAGGUAGCAGACAAGAGAUCUGCAGCAUUUGAAAUAUUCCAGUGAACAAAAACAUGCAUAUUUAAAAGUAUUAAGGUUUUCAUUUGGGGUAUAUCUACUAUAUAGGAAUUUAUUUUUAUUUAUUGCAUAGGCCUCCUGCACCUUAUCCUUCAGGGGUUGCUCAUGGAAUCAAAGAAGGACCACAAGCACAUAGGGCCCUACUUUGGGGUCCCCAAUGCAUUUGGUGAAAGGGGCCUUGAAAAUAUAUGGCCCCUGUCUAUCCUCUGCCUGAGGUCAUUUUAUCGUUGGUCCUGCUCUGCGUGGGAUGGCCUGCCUCACCCUGGUUAGGGGUGGUGGCAAAGAUUAUAAUAAAUCUGGUAUAACAAAGCUCUCCUUUGCACAUGGGGUGAAGAGAGAGGGAGUUUUUUAAUAUUCACAAUGUCUCGUCCUUUGAUUAAUAGUGUGAUUUGUUAAACACCUAAGUACAGCAGAUAUGUCUUUGAAUAUCCAUCAGGGAAGGAUGGAGUAACUUAGCUUUCUCAUCAUUAAUAAAGUUUCUAGAGACCCCAAUGUAAUUAUAUAACAUUGGAGGGAAGAUUAUUACUGCAACACAGUCUGUUGUACAAAAGGUCCCUUGCUCUAAGUUAGCUUUUCAUUUCAAGGGAGAGACCUACAAAGUUUUAUCCUAUUUCUAUUUGUACCUUUUACUCGUGGACGAAACCUAUGAAGGUUACCUAGAUUAUAAAUUCUUUCGAGCAAGGCCCUCAGUGACCCAUUGUUCCCUUAUAAACAUUCUAAUGGUUGCUUUUUAACCUUUGUUAUGUUCCAGAAUUAUUUUGCACAUAUCUGCAGAUUAUAAUGGUGUUUUUUAAAAUGCUAAUAAUAAUAUUUUUUAUUAUUAUUAUUAAUAUUAUUAUUAUUAAUAUUAUUAUAAUAAUGUGGAAAUCAGCCAGAGAGGGUUUUGGCUACCGCCAUAUUUUGACAUAAGUUACAGAUGUCCUUAUACCUGUGUCUUUACUGUUUACUAAGCUUAACGUGAAAAAAAAAAAAAGAUUUUCUUUAAAAUCCCCCAUGUAAAGAGAUUUAAUGACAAUUUAUUUGGUUAUUUUCAGAUGUACCCAAUGGACUUCAAAUUAGUUUGAACAAAGAGCCAUCUGAAGGAGAAGAUUUCAUAUUAUCAUGUACAGCGAACAAGUACCUAUACACAGAUAUCAGCUGGACCUUAAUCAGGACUGCCAAAAACCGCACAACGCAUCACAGCAUUAGCAAGCACAGAGACGCCAUUACGAACCAGUACUCUACUACUCUCACUGCGCUCAUCAGAAACACCACUCACGCCGACUCGGGCAUCUAUUCUUGUAAAGCAAAAAACAUACAUACAGGGGAAAUUGUCCAGGAGAGGAGAGAAAUUGUUAUCAAAGGUGAGAACACUGGCCAAAAAAAACCAAAGACCUUAAGUUUGAAAAGAAGGAAAAGCAGCGUUACAAGGGAACGUGUUGUAUCCCAUUAAAAGACUUGAUCAAACUUACAGAGGUUUCAAAGAUUGUGAUUAAUUAUUGAAGGUACUGAAUACGCUUCUCGGACGUAUUGGAAAAACGACCCUGCACGUGAGGAGCAGUGGUGCAUCACCCAGAGUAUUCAGUCCCUGCUUUUUUGUCAUUUGUAUUACAAGCAGGGAAUUCUGCGCAGGCAAGCAGCAAGACACUUUCACCGUUAUAUUAUAUGGAGUUUUUUCUUUCAAGUGAUGUCGGCCAUAUUGUUCCAGUACUAAAACCACUAUGCAUAUAGUACUGAAAAUAAAUGUAGCAUUUAUUGAUUCAACUUAGCUGUAUUUUUGCACCUCAGAGAUUAAAAUGGCCUUACUAGUUCCCAAACCUACACCUUAUUGGUUGGUAUCCAUUUUCAUGUGAUUUGGUUGAUUAUGUCUACAAUUUAUUCUUCCCCUAAAGCUGAUAUGCCUUAACUGCUUUUGAAAGAGUAACAAGAAGACGGCAAGUGAGCUGCGAACAUAAAAAUACAGCUAUAAAGGCCCAAGGCAUAAACUCUGACUAAAAGACAUCACAUUUCAAAGACUGUUAUGCAAUUUGACAUAGUUGGUUUUAAAGGUAAAAUGUAUAAAACAAAAAGUCUCAAAGGUGACAAGUUCACUUUACACACUGAUAAAGGUUCCGUUUUGAAAUUCAUUCAUUCAUUCAAAUGAAUGAUAAUAUAAUAUAUUUAAUAUGUGUUAUGUUUGCACAACACGUAAAUAUAUGAUGACAUUUAAAAAUGCAGUUAGGCAAUACUAGACACUGAAUUUUUUUACAGAGAACAACCCUAAUACUUGGGUUACCAAUUAACCUGGAUUGUUAUUUUAUCAUAGAAUGUUUUGUUUUUUUGAAAUUGAUGCCAUGUGUUUUUGCAUAUCUUCUGUUACAUUUAUAAGUUGAGAGUGAGUAUUCACCUUAUGCCAGACAGAGAAAAGCACAAUUUUAAACAAUUUGAGCUCCUGUAUUAAAGGGACGCUAUAGUCACCAAAACAACUUUAGCUUAAUGAAGAAGUUAUGGUGAAUAGAGCAUGCCCCUGCAGUCUCACUGCUCAAUUCUCUGACAUUUAGGAGUUAAAUCACUUUGUUUAUACAGCCCUAGUCACACCUCCUUGCAUGUGACCUACACAGCCUUCCUGAACACUUCUUGUAAAUAGACAUCUAAUGUUUAAACUUCCUUUGUUGCAAAUAUAAUUUAAUCUAGAAUUUCUUAUCUCCUGCUCUGUCAUUAGCCUUCAAGAGCUUACAUAACCUCCUGUGUGUGAUUAAAGCUUAAUUUACAGAGCAGGAGACAAAAGCAUCUAAAGCAAGUUAACAUCUGUUUGAAAAUAAACUGUUUUUUUCAUGCAGGCUAUGGGAGGUUUGGCUAGGGUUGCAUAAACAGAAGCAAAUGUGAUUUAACUCCUAAAUGGCAGAUAAUCGAGCAGUGAGGCUACAUGGGGCAUGAUACAGUCAAACUACUUCAUUAGGCUACAUUUAUUUUAAUGCUUCUAGUAUUCCUUUAAUAAAUCAGUGACAGAAGGCUUAUCAUUGAAUUGAGUAGAUCAGUAACAUUCCGUUAUUAUAUUCUGAAACAUAAUUGGUGUCAGAUAUACUUGACAGCAAAUAAUGGUCAGAAAGUACAGUUUAUAAUAGGAUCUAAUGAGGAUACUGUAUUAAAAGUCUCUCUGCUCUGGGGUUAAGUGUAAUUAUUGUAUGCAGUAUUGUGUGUAUCUGUGCUUGUAUGUAUAGUUGAGUAUGUGUGAUUGUGUAUAUAUGUCUUUUAUAAAUAUAUUUAUAAAUAAAAAUGGGGCUGACAAGAUUUAAUGGACAAGGUUUAAACUAGACUCAGGCGCUGUACGCAAAUGAAAAUUGUUAGUACACAUACAAUGGGGCAAGCACUACAUAAAUAUAGAAAAAAGUGAACGUGUCACAAAUUAAUAUAUGGAAAAAAAUAAAUAUAAAAAUGUAAAUGUUUGCUAUAUUUAAAGUAUGCAGCUACUAAUUCAAAUAACAAAACGCGCAAGAAUUGGUGAUAUGGAUGUAAUUCUCUAAAUUAUGUUAAUGCAUAGUUUCCUUCUCACGUAAUCAUUAUGGAGGAGUAGGAGGUAGGUUUAUAAAUCUUCCCUUGGAAAAAAAAAAAUCAAAAUGUGUAAUUUUUCCCCACUUGAAAUAAGAUCUCUCCCAUAGCAGGGUUAGGCAACUUUCGGCACUCCAGAUGUUUUGGACUACAUCUACCAUAAUGCUCUCACAGUCACAAUGCUGGCAAAUCACCAAGGGUAAUGUCCACAUCUGGGUGUUGAAGGUUGCCCAUUCCUGCCCUAUAGUCUUUUGCAUUUUUCUCUCUCAGACGAGCAAAAGAAUGCCCCUCUCUGAAAUAGUGCAUUUGAUUUUAAAAGUACAAGACUGUAGUGAUUACUAUAGAGGGAAUGUAUGCGCAUACCAAGCAAAAAUGCUUUUACUUUGGGUUUCUCUAAAGAACGUUAUUGAGGGGUAAUUUAUCUCCCUCUGCGUAUCCUAAAAUGGCAGCUUACCAUUUCACAACUAAAGAAAAACUAAUGUAUUGCUCAUCUUUUAACCAAAUAACGCCUCAAAGAGUAAUCGUAUUUUAUCAUGGCCAUAAAUGCGUGUCUAUGUGCAUGUUUUAUAUAUAUAUAUAUGUGUGUGUGAGUGUGUAAAUAUUUGUGUAUAUGAGAGUGUGUGUUAUUUUAUUUUUAUAAAUAAGCUGUCUGUGUAUCAAAUAAAAACAAAGAAUAUAUGAUGUCUCUGUAAAAUAUUGAAAAUAUAAUAAAGAUUAUUAAUAAUUUAGGCUGUUAAAUAAUGUUAAUAUGCGCCCCAGGUGGUCUAUGUGUGUAUAACCUUCCCUCUGAAUAAUUAUGUUUAGAUAUAUUGAUGAUUUUGUUUAUAGUGUAAAUAGUUCAUAUAAUUCAUUAUUAUAAUACUGUAAAAAGUCAAGUAUUUAAAAUAUUGAAUGCCUCAAUAUAUUGUGUAUUGUUUCUGUAUAAUAUUUAAGUUAAUCUGUUUUUUUUGUUUGUUUUUUAAAUUGAAAGAAUGCAUUGAUAUAAUAGAUACAGAAUAUAGCAACAUAGUGCAUUUUACAAUUAUACAUCUUGCAAUGAUCAUUGUUCGAUGGUAUGAGAUGAACCUAUACAUCCUUGGCGCUUUUCAAAAUGUAUCAUCUAAUUACCUUUUGUCUGAAUUCACUUACAUUUUUCGUGGGGUAUCACAAUAGGCCGGUUUUACAUUGCAACACUAAAUCUUCAGACUACACACACUGUUAAUUUGAGAUUUUUUUACAUUUGUAUUGCAAUUGUUUACAUUUAUAAGUCGUCUUCCUGUCCACAUUUUUACUGCAACAUCCCUGCUUAAGGGACUGUAUUGUGCUCUCUUACAGGCAAACCAUUGUGAAAUUCAGCAGUGAUCACUAAUCGGUUCAACUUUUUAAGUGUGGCUGGGUUGGUUAAAAUAUACAUUAUUACAUAAUAACAUUCCUUGUGACUAGCAAUCAAGUGUUAUACAUUGUUCAUGUUAUAAAUUCCAUCGUUAAUGAAAAGACAAAAGAUUAAAGUCAUCCAGUCAUAAUUUUAUAUUAUGCUUUAUCUUUCUUUUAAUUUAAAUUCAAACAUUUCCCAGAAAAACAUCCACCCAUAACGGCCAAAGAUAUGGUUGUCAGUAUUAAUCAAACUGGGUUUUUACAGGUUUAUAUUUGAACAUUUUAGUAAAGUUUGUUGUUUUUAGUCUAACCUUCUUUUGACUGUUUCUUGUAUAAAACAUUAAUUUGACUUUUAGACCACUUGUACGGGAUUGUGGGGAAUCUAUAAAUAUCACAUGCGUAGCUUGUUUUCGGAUUGAUUUAGUUAGGGCAACAAUCCAAAAUAAACAACUCUUUAAAUAGAAUAUUUGUAGAAAAGGGACAGGAAGAGAAGGAUUGACAAAGAGCAGAAACACUGUAGAUCACACAAAAUUGAAAUUUGAAAAAUUGAAAACUUGAGGCAUGACUUAAUGUUUUUCCAGUUUAAUAAAAUAAACUAUUUUGUCACCCUGCCAUAAAACGUGCAGAUUGCAUUGGGAUUAUGAAUUAUUUGCACGUAUGCAUGUUUGUAUGUAUGUUGAAUCAAAAAUACCAUAUAAUUUUCUCAUCCAUUUAAAAGAAGGCCACACACAGCUUUACUGAACAUUUCCAAACAUGGAGAAUUUACUAUCCAUUAAAUACGUCUUAUUCUGGAUUAAUAAUCUUGCUCUAUAUUUUUCGUUUUCUAUCAUAACAUUUAUUUUGCCAUAUCUGUACUAUUCUAAACUGUUAAAGAAAGGAUGUCAACAUCACCUGCUAGGAAAUUGUCAUGAUUUAAGAUUAGAGUUGAUACCAAAAGUGGUCCACACCAUACAGAAAGUAUUCAGUAAAUGUUUCACACAUUGAUUCAAAGCAUCUAGAGUUUUCAAGAUUUUCACACAUCAAAAAUAGUCAUGAACUUUUCAUCAGAAGUGGUAAUUGCCAAUGUAACUUUAGGUUCCAGAGGUGACAUUAUACACACCUUGUAUACAGCACUUUUUAAGUUCACUAUUAAGUGUGAAAUUUGAUAGGUUUAUUAACAUUUUCCUUUUGGAGGCAAACAUGUAUGAAGAAUUGCACAAUAAUCAUAAAUAACAAAAAAUCUUUCCCCAAAAAGUUUUUUAACUAAGUAAGAUAUGUGUGAACUUGUUAAAAUUGUAAGAAUUUAUGUUUUUGAGAGUUUUUUCACUUUUGUAAUGGAUGUUUUUAAAAGCAGGCAUUUAAAAGGUAGCAUUAAAAUCACUUUUUAUUUAUGGAAAUGAGCUAUAGAAAAUGAAAUGUGGGCAUGUACGUGGCUAUGAUAUUAACAUAAAUAUGAACUGAUAAUGCAAAUGUAUACAUUUUCAAAACCAAAACACUAAAAUAAAGUAGCUUUAUUUUAAAGAAAAACUUAGCCAAUUAACCCUUUAAAACAUUUACUGGUAUGUAUUGCAUCAGCUUGCAUCUUGAGGUUUAUACAUUUAUUUAUUUUUUCAGAUGUGUGAAGUAUUAGCCUUGUGCUGUGAAGGUGUAUCUUAUACAUAUUAGUUUUUACUUAGUUAUCUAAACCUUUAAGAACAACAACAACAAAUAAUAAUUUUGAAUUGCUCUGACAUACCUCCCAACAUUUGAAAUGGACAAAAAGGGACACUUUAACUUUAGGGGUGUGAAUUGGGGUGUAGCCACGGUUGAGGCUGUUCUGGGAACAUUUAGGUGACUUAGUAAUAACGUAUGCAAAUAAAAUGUAAUUUAGAACAAAAACAAUGUAUCUUAGUUAAACUGACUGAUUUCUAAACACAUUUAUUGUAGUUUAAAGAAGACACAUUACUGUGAAUAUUAUCGCUGCCGAGCUCUGUAGUACACUCAGAUACACCAACAACAUGGAGCUCAUAGAAACUAGGGACAUUAGGAUAGAAAAGAGGAACGGUGGGUUUUGAACCCAAAAUAGGGACAGUUGGGAGAUAUGCAGUGAUGUGCCAAUUGUAUCUGCACAAAUGACAAGGGAUAGGAGAUGUAAGAGUAAUUUAUUUACUUUAUAAGUGAGAAAUGAAACUUCAUUAUUAGAGUCAAAAGGGCUUCUACAUUGGAAAUAUAUUAUUUAAUGUAUUUGCAAAUGUAGCAAAAUAGCAAGGUGGGCUUAUGAAACAGAUGACGAUCACAGUGCAUUUUCUUUUUUACAAUUUACUACUGUCUUACAUACCAUAUAGGGAUCCAUUUAAUAAUAUAGAAGCUACAUUUUUCUAAUACAUAUUAAUAAACCGUUUGCCCUCACCUCUCACACAGUGCUAUUGUAGAUAUUAGAUAUUAGUCCUACCAUACCAUUAGUCUACCUACAAAUGUAUGUGUGCUAAAGCUGAAUUGUUGAAUAGUGGCAAUCUACAAUAGCUUGGAAAAUUUCUUUAAAAUAUGUAUGUGUUACGCAGCUGACGUCAUUCAUCCAUUGAUUAAAACCAGGAUUAUCACAACUAUAAACCAGCCAUACAUAUUACCAAUACUAAAUCAUCCAUAUUAGCGCGCCUUAAAUAAUCUAAGAAGAUGUUCUAAGUUGCAAAUGAUAUGUUUUUGUUGAUUGCAACAUAUUUUAUCAUUUUCCUUUACAUACUUGAAAUUAUUUUUUAAAUUAUAUUUUUCAAGAAAAAAAAAAAGGUGAUGGUAAUUCACAUUAAAAUACCAAAAAAUGUACAACAAGGUCUAUUUGUUAAUUAAUGAGUCAUGGUGGCUCGUGAAAUGAUGGGUAAAAUGUAGGUUAAGAUAGCAAAAUAGGGAAUAAUAUCCAGCAUGGCUGAAUAUUAAAUUUUAUCUUUUUGUCUAUUUUAAACAAUUUUUUUUCACGUUGUUUUCCAAGCCACCAGUAAAUAAACGUAUAUAAUUCUUCAUAAAAUGUAAAUAUCUAUGACCCUCCCCCUAAAAAUGUACACUGUGAACUGGAAGGAAACUUUCCAUUGAAUAAAUGCAGGUAUUUAUGUUAAUUACACAUUAAUUCAUAAAGCAAUGUAACUUAUUUAAUUUCAAGCAUCCGAAAAUACUUAUUUAUGGAGUAAUAGUCUAAAUAUAUAUAUAUUCAUUAACACUGUCAUACUGUUGAAAUAUUAAAAAUAUACUUACUGCGGUUAUUUUAUUGCAAUGCAACAUAUUACAGUUUUUUUGUUAUUUGAUUAACAAAUUAUACAUAUUUUGUAUAUAUAU